AUGGAAAAUUCCCCAGCCAACACCUCCAUCCUUCAGGUUGAAGCUACUGACCCAGAUUCUGGCUCCCAAGGGAAGCUGACCUUCCACAUCAUAAAUGAAAACCAUAAUAGAUUCUUCGCCAUUAAUCCUGUCACAGGUAAGGAAUAAACACAUGCAGAUUCUGUGUUUGUUUUUUAAUCCUUCCUAAUGUGUAUGAGGUUUGUUUUACAAGGAGUAAAGUCUGGUAAUGCCCACCAUUUACAAAGACCCAAUCUCAGUAUGGUAUCUGCUUAUUAGAAAAUACUUACAAUUCUGUCAAAGACACCCCCCCCCCACUGCUGGUCACCACAAACAAAUAAAAUGUUCAGAUGUCUAGAGGGAACAAAUGUUUCUUGCUUGGCUUCCUCGCUUGGAGCAGGUGGAAGAUAGAUGAAUGAGAAAACAUAAAAAAUAUUGAUCAUUGCUUUUUCAGUGCAAUGAGUUUAAAACAUGAAUAGGCUACUAUUGUCUGAAUAUAGGUCUUAGGAUAUUGAGAAUUCAUUCACACCAUGCAAGGGAAGCCUGUGGCUUUCCAGAUGUUGCUGAUGUUGUUGUAAUUUAUUACCUGCCCUUUCUCCCUAAGGUCCUAGGAUGGGUCACAACAACUGAAACACAGUGCUAAACACAGAUUAAAACAGCUGACAAUCAAAAAAAAUAAAAAUAAAGUGAGUCCCAGGGUGUUCAGUUACUUUCUUGAAUUAAAAAACAACAACCAAAAACCACUGUUGUUAUUGUGGGAACUGGGAGUCAGUUUGUGCAUCAAGAGCAGUCACACUGACAAGAAAUGGCCUUUUAGAAGCUCAGGCUUCAGCAUUCGUAUUCAAUGCAAACUGCUAUCAACACUAGCUAAAUUCCCCUUGCUUUACCAUUUCUAUAAAUCUGAGCUGUGUCUAUCACUUCCCUUGUUUUGUCAGUGUUAGCAGAGGAGGUAUCAACUCAGCCUUUCGCCUCCAUUAUGUCUGUGUCAUCUCUAGCUUAGGGAACAGAUCCAUCCAGAUUGUUCAAAUCCUACCAGUGUUUAAUGUAAACUGCCUCUGAAAAGUAGUCUUCUGGGUCUGGUGUUGGGCCAGUCUUUAAACAAAGCACUCCUGCUGUAAGUGACGCAAUGCUAGAGACAUUGGCUUCAUUCACUGCACGAUGUGGAGGCGAUGAGUUCCCAGUUGGGCUGCUGUAUGUGUAUAUUAGGGAUAUGGGUGAAGUGUACUGGAAUAGUUCCCUAGUUUUGAGUUUGUGGCUGACAGUAGGAGAGAAUUGUUGAUGCACCAUGUUGUCUUCAGGCGGCAAAACUGGCUUUGUAGUUUGUGAUUUACAGCAUUUAAAUAGGAGCAUGCAGACUCUGGCACAACCUUUGCCACGACUAGUGCCAGUAGCUGGCAUGCCUGGUAUCUUUUCAGUUUCAUUUCAUUGACUGCUUCUAAACUGCUUUGUCUUUUGAUUUCUUUUCAUCUGUUGCUUACAACCUGCUUCUCCUUCCCAAGGGAAGUAAAAGUAGACCACAACAUAUCAGAAUGAUCAAUAAAUGUGGCCAAGAAUAAUAUAUCAAAAAAUGAAACAGGUAAAGAUCAAAAUCAUAUCCAAACCAGAGCAAGGAUACAAAAAAUCUGUUAAAUCCAUAUGAAUUAAUUAAUUCAACAACCGUUUCCAUUAACUGUAAAAUGAGCAGUCCUGAGAAGCAUGGCAUAUAACAGAAUAAAAGUCAAUAUUUUUACGUAGCCAGAAGGUUUCAUGCAGUGAUGGCACACCCCAGAACCUCCUACACAAAGAUUGUCCUGUGGAUAAGAUCAAAUGCCCAUCAGUUGCUGCCUACUGUAUAAUGUUACGAGCCUCCAUCCAUAGUUCUUCAGGCACUCUGUCCACCAAAUCUAAAUCCUUAAACCUGUUCCUCACUUCCAGUGUAUAUUCAUAAGGGAUUUGAUUUAGAUUGUAUCUUACUGGUCCAGUAGUUUUUCCUACUUUCUUCAGUUUAAGCUUGAAUUUUGCUAUAAGAAGCUGAUGAUCUGAGCCACAGUCAGUUCCAGGUCUUGUUUUUGCUGACUGUAUAGAGCUUCUCCAUCUUUGGCUGCAGAGAAUAUAAUCAAUCUGAUUUCGAUGCUGCCCAUCUGGUGAUGUCCAUGUGUAGAGUCAUCUCUUGUGUUGUUGGAAAAGAGUGUUUGUGAUCACCAGCUUGUUCUCUUGGCAGAACUCUAUUAGCCUUUGCCCUGCUUCGUUUUGAACUCCAAGGCCAAACUUGCCAGUUGUUCCUUUUAUCUCUUGGCUCCCUACUUAGCCCUGUUUAGGGAAGUUUAAAAUAUUUGAUUAUUAUUAUUAUUAUUAUAUUAUUAUUAUUAUUAUUAUUAUUAUUAUUAUUAUUAUUAAAUGUAAUAAUUAUUAUAUUAUCAUUAUCAUCAUUAUUAUUAUUCCAAGUGUGAACACACCAUAGAUUUGUAUGAAUGCAUUAUUUCUUUUAAUUCUUGAGCUCUGACAAGACAUUGGCUUCCACCCAGCCACAUGAAAUGUCAAAGUUUCAGUAUUAUGUUUUUGUUGUUCUCUCUUUAGUUCUGUUCUAGAUAGUUAAGGUGCUAGAAGAGAGGAAUGAUGACCCUAGUUACAUAUGUGAGGGAUUUGUUAAAGUGUGGAAGGCAUAGGUGAAUGAGAUGCAUGUGCAAAGGGCAAUGUCAGCUAAGGAAGUUGGAUAGAUUUUUGGGAGAUGAGCCAGAAUUGGCUGAAGUCCUGCGCCACACGGCAGCAGUUUGCAGCUCCUUUGUGACACUUCAAACUACCUGCCGCUGGCAAUGGAUUUAUAUCCCUACCUGAGCUGAUGGCCCAGCUGAGCUUUUGCCAAGUGCUUUCUCACUGGGGAGCUUUUACAGUCCAAAGAAGCCAUUUGCACAUGUGCUCGGGAACCAGGCAUUCAGCUGGAAUUUUCUUUGAAGCUUUUCUUGCUGCAGCUCAAGCAGCCAAGUAGGCCAGCUGCUUCUGAAAUGCAGCAACAGGUUGGAUUUUGAGCUGUACAAAGUAGCAAAAAAGCUCCAUCUAUCCACACGUCUUUGGAUCACAGUCUAUGGCAGUUUGCGGGCCUCAAACUAACGUAUCCAGGAAUAAUACCAGGGUCCUCCUGCUUAAAGAUAUUGAAAACAAAAGAUUUGGUGUAAAAAUGCGGUGUUAAUUAAAUAGGUCUGCUACACAGUUAUAAUGUUUCUUUUGGUAAACCUUAUAAAAUGUUAGUAACACUUCAACUCUUUACGAAAGAGCUUCUGCUGUCAAAUCUGUGUGAUUCUUAGAUAAUAAUAAAAUGGCUGUUUUAGGUUUCUGGGCAUGUACAGAAUGCCUUUCUUUCACCAUCAACUAACCCCAAGCUGUCUUCCACAAUGUUGGGUUACUUAGAGAACUCUCCAGGCAAUCUCAUUAAGCCGCAAUGCAUCUCUUUGUACAAGUGCGAGCGCAAGCCCCUUCACCUUAUUUUCUUGAACUCUCCCUUCUGGAACACAUGCUUGACUGGAAUGACAACCAGGACCAGCCAGUGCAGCAGCUUCCUUUCAAGGUCACAUUUUUUUCUUUGGGCGCUUCCUGAUUCAAAGGGUAGCUCAGCUUUUGUGUAUUAUGCUGUCAUUUGGUUGGUGAAAUUGCUCCGAAUUCUUCUUUGCAUCAGGCAUCACUUUAACCAAGAUCUAUUAAUCUACACAUUAUGGAUUAGCCAUAAACUGGCUAGUCUUGUCUUUUUCUCCAACCACAUAUUGCUCAUUUUCCCGCCGCAGGCCUUGUCAGGGCUAAUUGUGAAGAGCAGCUUGUUAUAUCAUUCAUCUUUAAGCUAGGUUGCAUUCCUGAUUUGGUAGAUUACACCCAUUGCUCUACCCUUGGUUUAUUCUUUUCCUUUUUAAGAGAGGGAAAGAUGGAGGGAGAGAGUGAAAGAAAAUAGAGAUGUGUUGCAGUAUGUUUUCCAAGAUAUUCCAUUCCCUUUCCCCUCUCUCCCUGUUGUUGUUCUUUUACCACCACAACCCCUGUCAGCAUUCCAUGGCUACUGAGCAUGCUCAGCUUGUGUCUACACUAACCCAUUUGAAGCACAAAUAUGUAGUUUUUCUCAAUCCAGAAUCAUUGAUGCUCUGCCUUAAUAUGCCGCUUUCAAUCUGGAUUAAUUCUAGAUGCUGCUGUCCGCAAGGGUGAGUGUGGUUCCUUGAUACCAUUCCCACGAUUUGGUUAACAACACCUUUUCUUCUCUGCACACCCCCAGGUGUACAAAGAAGGAAUUGGUGACUGUGAUAUGCAUACCCACAACAUCACUGGGCAGCUGGGACCGCUUGCAUCGGUAUUCAGAUGGACACAAGAUGAUACAAAAUUAAAUCUCCAAUGAGCUUUUAUUUUUGGAAUGAAACCCUUUUCUCAAGAACCACUUUUUAGGGACAAAGGAAUGCAAAGUAGAUCUAUAUGGUAGGUGGACUUUGUAGAAAAAACCAAGUGCACAAUCUCCAUUGAUUCUGCAAUAAAAUGUGUGGACGCAGCUGCCACCCACAUUGAGCCAUUUGGGCUCCCUCUUUCUUAGAGGGUUUCUUUCUAUUAUUUUAAUUAAUUGAAGAAUUAAUCAUCUUCUACAAAUCUCGGGGAUCUCUAAAGCCUGUUGUCAACAGACGCAUCCUUCUUGCGCACAAGAUAAUGCCAGUUUAGCUACAUAAGGCUCCACACUUGGAGAUGAAGUUUGCUCAUAAUGCAAAGGAUAUGUUUACACAAACAGAGAAAGAGAGAGAGAAUAAAGGGCAUUAAAAGCAGGCCCUGCAUUGCUGACUGAGACUCCUGUUAUGCGAUACUGGCAAACGGCAGUUAAUGCUUGGAAGAGAAGAUCUCUAAAGAAACGGAUGCAUUCAGCGAGAAGAAUAGUGGAUGAUACUGGAUCGAAUGCUUUUGUAGUAACUGGAGAACUUGGAUUUCUAACCUUUCCUCCUGCAGCAAGCCUCUGCAUGCUCAGGCUGUUCCAAAACAUAAUCUGCUGCCUUUUAUUAUCAAGUCUUACAUUCCUGGAUUUGACUCUUGGAAUUAGGAAUGAUGGAAAACGAACCCAAAAGGUACAUGUAGAAAAGCCCACUCCUGACUCAGAUUAUCUCCCUUUCUGCUUCUGUGUAUGGACAAGUAGAUGUUCUGAAAUGCCCCCCCCCACCCCAGGGAGGGACUGCUUCCACACAGUUAAGUUCUUUUAGUACCAGUCUGCACUGUUUACAGUCAACCUACAUGCAGGCUUGACAGCUUCAAAGUUAAAUCAGUUACGGUUAAGAGCAAGAGUCAGCAACCUUUUUUAGCCAUGGGCCAGUCCACCAGACUAUAUUUGGGGGGGGGGGGAAUGAACGAAUUCCUAUGUCCCAUGAAUAACCCAGAGAUGCAUUUUAAAUAAAAGGACACAUUCUACUCAUGUAAAAACACGCUGAUUCCCGGACCAUCCGCGGGCCAGAUUGAGCAGGCAAUUGGACUGCAUCUGGCCCACGGGCCUUAGGUUGCCUACUCCUGGUUAAGAGAGAAGUAACAUCCCAGUUACACACAUAUUCAGCAAAGUGAAAAGCUGGUUUAAUAUUGCCACCACCCCACAAUCCCCAGUAUGUAAUACAAUGUGUAGCAGAAGACAAUUUGCAGCAGUUAGCCACUAACUUCAUAUAUGCAUUUAUAUUAUAAGUGUUUGCUAUGGACACCUGCUUCUUGCAAACCAAAAGCAAUAAGAUACUAGCCCCUGAUAUCUGCAUUGGUCUAGGCUUCUCUGAAGAUGUUGAAAGAUGUCGACCACAGCUUAUGAAAUUGCAUAGGUUCAACGUGUCAGGUGAUGAGUAACUUGAGUCAGGAGCAAUGCUCUUUUUGAAACCAUGUUGGUCAUCCUCUUCAAACACACAAGCUGGAUCCUGAAAAAUCUGGACCCUAAACCAAAUGCUGCAAUUUGUGGGAGUUUACAGGAUCUGGAUGGGUGGGGAGAAUUAUGUUUUCACACUCUCAGUCCCUAGGAGUUCAAAGGAAAAGGAAUGCAAAUUGUUGCUAAAGCAGCAAAUUUUAGGCAAACCACUUAAACCUCAUCUAGUUGGGACCCCCCUCCCACAACGUACACAGACAUGCCCAGUAACUUGGUUCGCAUUCUUUUAAAUCCUUAAGUUCUAAUAAGGUUGGACCAGGACUUUGUCCUCAGCUCCACCUUUGCCAAGAGAAAUUGGGGGGGCGGGUUUAUGCUUGGCCAACUGUGCAGUGUUAAUAUUUCUGCUUCUGUUCUGACAUGACUAGAUGUUCUUUCUCUUUGCUUGACGAAAAGCAGAAGCCAGGCAUUCCAUAACUGCAGGCAGAAAUGUUACGUUCCCAAUUCUCUACAUGUGAGCUCAGCCAUGUAGGUAGCAAACUCCAUACCAGGAGUCAAGAAACCCAGAGGCUUUGCCCCCGUGGUUUAGAAAUUAUGUAGGUAGCUCUCUCUGAGACACAAACACCAUGGCAAAAUCUGCUAUCAUAUGCAGGUCAGUUGCUUUUCCAUGAAGUGUAGUCACUCAUUCCCCAUCACACAAUGGGAGAAUAUGUACCAUUUUCUAAGGCCUGAGCAGAUUCUAAAGGACAAUUCAGCACACACAGAAGUACUUUCAGGGCCCAUUUGCACCACUGUAAUAACAGUUUGAAAGCACGUCAAAGUGCAAGUAGAUAAAUAGGUACCGCUCCGGCGGGAAGGUAAACGGUGUUUCUGUGUGCUGCUCUAGUUCACCAGAAAUGGCUUAGUCAUGCUGGCCACAUGACCCGGAAGCUGUACGCUGGCUCCCUCGGCCAAUAAAGCAAGAUGAGCGCCGCAACCCCAGAGUCGGUCACGACUAGACCUAAUGGUCAGGGGUCCCUUCACCUUUAGCUAAUACAGUGCUGAGUGAGGACCUGGGAGCCCUGGGUUCAAAUCUCCAGUGAGACAUAAAGCUUACUGGGUGACCUGAGUCAGCCACAGUCUCUCAGUAUAACUUGUGUCACAGGAUUAUUGUAGGAUAAAACUGGGGGGACAUGGAUGUCUCCUUGGAGGAAAGGUGACAUAUCGAUGUGGCAAUUUUGUUCUUUUGAAAUGCAACAGAAUCACAGAAUUUCCAAAUAUGCUCAGAAGCACCGAAACAGAAUGUAUUUAUUUGUGACAUUUAUCUGCUACGCAGGCAGCAUUUCCUUUUCAAUCCCACUCAAAGUAAGAAAAACCAAACAAGAAUUCAAAGAAUAAACAUUAUUUUAAAGAAUACCCACCACCUUUACAAAAUGGCAGCACCUGUAAUUCCAUAGAGGAAGCUAUGACAACCAAGAGUUUGUACCACAGUCAUCUCUUGGGUACCUUACGUCAACGACCUUAAUUCAGCCAGGGAAAGGAUGGACUCCAUAAUUUACUCAUCCUGGUUUAAGCAAGUCCUGCUCACCUGAUUGAUCCCUUUCCACCUCCCAGAUCAAAUUUAAGAUUUACUGUCAGCUAAUGGUCAGGGGUCCCUUUUGUUGUUGUUUAGUCAUUUAGUCGUGUCCGACUCUUCAUGACCCCAUGGACCAGAGCACGCCAGGCACUCCUGUCUUCCACUGCUUCCCGCAGUUUGGUCAGACUCAUGUUUGUAGCUUCGAGAACACUGUCCAACCAUCUUGUCCUCUGUCGUCCCCUUCUCCUUGUUCCCUCAAUCUUUCCCAACAUCAGGGUCUUUUCCGGGGAGUCUUCUCUUCUCAUGAGGUGGCCAAAGUAUUGGAGCCUCAGCUUCAGGAUCUGUCCUUCCAGUGAGCACUCAGGGCUGAUUUCCUUAAGAAUGGAUACGUUUGAUCUUCUUGCAGUCCAUGGGACUCUCAUACGGACCUUUGUUGGCAAGGGGUCCCUUUACCUUUACCUUUUUAAUUCUAGGAUUUGGGAAGUGGGCAGGGAAAGCUUAGCAAGGAAGGAUUCUAAGUUUCUUAUAAAUCAGCAAAACACUACUAGACUCUUUUUCUGUGACUGGAAAACACUGCUUUUGAGAGGCCUUUGAAUUAUGUAGAGCACACAGACACAGAACUACCUGAAUCCAAUUCUGCAGUGAGCGUGGAGGACACUUCAGAGCUACAGUCAGGCGUCAGUCCAUUUGUAAUCCAAAUUGAUUGAUCAACAUAAACACUUUGGUGCUGGGCUUUUCAGGAGUUUAGUAAUGAAGCCACUCAGGUUACCGAUUAACUAGGGCAACAGCCUAAUUGGAAGGAUUGCCCCAGCGUUUCUAAGAGACCUAGCGCGCUAGUCAUUUCCCGCUUGGUGAUUUUAGGCAGAGGGCACAGAUGUUACAUUAUGCCAAUGCAGUGUUAGCAGCAUCAAUAGAUGAGGGAUUUGAGGACUCUCGGCCUUUCAAAAACGUCUUUAACUCAUGGUUGUACAGUGGUACCUUGGGUUAAGAACUUAAUUCGUUCUGGAGGUCAGUUCUUAACCUGAAACUGUUCUUAACCUGAAGCACCACUUUAGCUAAUGGGGCCUCCUGCUGCUGCUGCGCCGCUGCUGCAUGAUUUCUGUUCUCAUCCUGAAGCAAAGUUCUUAACCCGAGGUAAUAUUUCUGGGUUAGCGGAGUCUGUAACCUGAAGCAUAUGUAACCUGAGGUACCACUGUACACAGAUACUUGAAAAUGUGUUGAAUAUUGCUUCAUGAAUACAUUUUGAGGGUCAAGCCCGCCUUCUAACUCCUAAACCCACCCAAAGGCUUGUUUAUUUACAGUAUGUAGGGCUGCAUUCUUCACCCUUGUGGCUUUGAGAAACAGUAGAGUCACCUUCACAGCUUGGCCACACAUCGUAGUGGGAGGUGGCAAGCUGGAUGAUCGGAGCUGAUCCCUGCCCCAGCUCCAGAGUGUGAGGUCCAGUGGCUCCUGGGUUGGUUCAGCUCCACCUCUUCCCCAGGGCUUUCCACUGGAUUCUGCUGGCAGGGAAACUGUCAGGAGCUCGUCCUACACUCGAGUAGGACCCUGGCAGAGACACAUGCCCGACUGGCAUGUUCUCUCCCUCCUGGUCGAUCGUUCGUUCAAAAGCUUUCUUCAUCGUGAGCAUCACAGUGACCGAUGCCAACAGACAUCGGCACACUUAGGGAUCCACAGAGUCUGCGCAGCUUGCGUAACAGACCUCAGCAACACAACAUUUUGGCUAAUCUACUUUAUUUACAUAUAAACACACACGGAGCACUGCAACAUGGCUCCCUCUCUCUCUAGCAUCAGACAGCAAAGAGAAAGGACAAAGGACAAUAGUCCCACUUCACGGAACACAGUAACACAAACAUCUUGUCUCCGUCACUUCCCACUUUGUGGAGUCAAAACAUACACCGUCGUGUGACAGACAAAAAUCCCAUGACUGUAAUCACGGAGCAGGAAUUCUAACAAACUUCUAAUCUCCUGCCAAACUGCCCAUUCAGUGGGGACUAAAGGCAAAGGUCACUCAGCACCGCAGGGACUGGCAGGAGACCAGCUCAGCCGAGAGAACCAAAAAGAGGGACACCUCCCUUCAAUCCACCACUACCACCAAGUCCAGCUAAAUAAAACAGUAAUGUUUAUGCUCUGGACAUCAGUUUUCCAAAUAUUUUAGUCACAUUGACACUUUAGAUUUGUAGGUAUUCAUUCAAAACAUCUUAGGUGUACACCUAAAAAUGUGAAGUGUAGUGAAGAAGGACAGCAUGCUUAUUAAUAGUGAAAAAGAAUUUAUUUUUUUCUGUCUAAAGUGGCAAAAAAUAAAAGUGUAUAUCUUUGGGGGAACAAAAGCUUUAGAUGCUGCACCCUGCCUGUAUUUCUAACCCUUUGCUUUUUAUAGGAAAAUGAGCAGCAGUUAAAUAAGAAAGUGCAUACACUCUAAUUAGUUUCUCCUUAAUGCCAGCUCCAUGUCACUGCAUCUUCCUAGAUGUGCUGUGAACAUGGAUCCAUGUCAACACAUCUCAUAUUUGUGUGCAGGAGCAAAAGCAUCACAGCUCUAUUUUGGAAUUAGUGCAAUUAACCAUUAACCACAAUUGCUCUCAUAUCUCAUUACAGGGUGUUUAACAGACCUUGUAAGGAAAUCAGUGGGGUGUGUGGCAUGGACUGGAAUCACAGGGCAGCCAAACAAGAUCUCCCUCUAAAAGUACAACUGCCUUGUCAGGGAGCAAAACAAUUAAAAGCAGGAUGAGAGAAAUUGGGGAAAUAAACCCCAAAGCAGGGAGGAGGGGGCGGGAAGGCAGACGUAUUACUCCUGAUUUAACGUGGUCAUUGUGCAUUAUGGGAGCAUCAGGAAGAGGGUGUAGGUGCUCUGUCUUCUCCCACCUAAAGAUUCUCCCCUGCAAAUGCUUCUCCAGGCUCUUAAACCAGAAUUAAUUGUGGCUAGGGUAAAAAAAUGGCGGGAGACAUUUGCAAAGAAGAGUUUGGUAGUGGGAGGAAUAGGUAGCUGCCAAUUCUCCCUUGCAAAUGCCCCAAAGGGGCUCCAUGUAAUAAGGAUUAGUUACAGAUUCUCCCAGUUCUAUUCUUAUUAUUCAAAAGUUCCAUGAUGCUUUGGGUUCUCUCCAGUUGUUUUCCAGCAAAACAAUAAUUUUGGGAUGUUGAUUUGUUAAAAAAAUUGUGCAUCAGCCUUCACACUUGGCUUCUCACUGUACAUUUUCUCUGUUUAGGGUUUUUUGUUUGUUUGUUUGUUUGUUUCAGCAUGUUCUUUGUAUUACUCCAGCACAGAGUAAAAAUUAAAAAUAAAUUAAUAAGAAUAAAGGUGCUACAUUUCAGGAAGUAACUAAUUUUCUUCCUUUUUAUAUAUUUUUAAUAUCUCAUACCAGCAAUCCAGCAGAGUAAAAAUUAUUAGUUCUUUGCUUUUGUGUCAUCUACUGCAUUAUUCUUCAUCACAGCUCAUAUGAUACCAGUUUUAGGAUUCCUCUCCCUUGUGCUGUCUCCCUGUCCUGUGAAGCUUCCUUUUUUACUUUUAUUUAUUACAUUUCUAUUCCACCUUUCUUACAAGGAACUCAAUCUGUUGUAUAUAGUUCUCCCUCUGGUGCACAAUAGGCUGAGAGACAGCAAAUAGUUAAAGGUCUUGUUGCAAUUGCUUAAACUAUUCCAUUACAGCAUUUUAUAUAUGUGUGUGUGUGUGUGUGUGUGUGUGUGUGUGUGUGUGUGUGUAGUCACUCUUAAUUUUGUCAGACUUCAGCUAUUUAGCUUCACAGAAGCCACGGGAAUUGGGAUGAGAACCCUUUCAAUCAGUGUUGUGAUGUAUUUCUGAUUUUUUUUUUCCAAAUGUGAGUGAGGGAAAAGUGGCAAUUUCUUAUUGCUCUGUUAGUUUAUUUUAAAGCUUACUCACAAGUAAAUGAGGUCAUAAAAUAUAGGAGGAACACUCAGCUUCUGCAGAGCACCAAAACCGCAGUGAGUCACUUUUCGUAUUACCACACAAAUCUGUCUCUACCUGCCCAUUCUGCUCUUGAUGGAGAAUUUGCCUUUAGUUUUGCUAUCAAAACCAGGAUCCUUGUGGUGAGCUCCCCAUUCCCCAUUGGGGAAGCCAUGAGUGUGCCAUGUGAGUCAAAUGCUGUGGGUUUUCUUGCCAUAAUUAGCAGCCUCAAUUGAUAUGGUUCAUGGGUGGGGAAGCCCAUUAUGUUAUGGACCUUGAGUCACACAGUCAGUUGAUUUGUUUAGAAUAUUUAUAUUCUAAACAACUGAAGUUGGUUUCAGGUUAGUUUCCAGGAUUAAAAAUAUCAAAAUGCAAGAAACCGUAGAGUACAAACAAGAUUUGGAGCCUUUGUGCCAGGUGAGGACAUUCAAUAUAUGGGGUGCCAAGCCUGAAAGGGCCUUCUCUCUAGUUUUUACCUGCUUCACUUAUAACAGAGAAAAAGGAAAAGCCUCAGCUGUUGGUUUUAGAUGGUGGGGAGGGUAAUAUGGAAUAAGAUGCCUGGCCAGGAGGUUGGGACAUGGCUGGCAUCAGGGGGUUGGCUCCCUCAAACAGUUGUAAGGCCCACAGCUCAGUGAAGUGGCUCACUGUUGCAUGCUAGGACACCCCAGCAGGUUCCUCACUGCCUGCCCAUCCUGCCCAGCCUAGUGAAGAAGUUGGGGUGAAGAGAAGGAGGAACAGCAGUAGGUGCUCCCACCAUUUCCUUGAGUUCCUCAGUUGGGCCUAGAGUGAGAGAAGACAGGCUGCUGUAGCAGUGAGGACAAAAAAGGACCAAAGGACCAAAACACUGGUAUGGGAGGACAUUAAUAGCAUCACAUCUAAUUUGGCCUUCAGUGUGUGGACUGAAUACGUGUAGGAAGAGGUGGAGUUGUUGCCAGGAUGCCAGCCUCCUCCUCACCUGUGUGUGCUCACGCUGCACACUUAGAACAUCUGUAAGGGGCUGCUGUCAACAAGCACCUCCGCACGGUGCGUUCAUUCUCUGCUCUGCAUGAGUCAUCCUGGCUCCAUAUGUAGGACCCAAUUUUGCAAAGACCUUUGGGCUGCACUUCAGAGACCACAUGCUUAAGUGCUUUGCCCGAAGCUUUCUUCAUGGCCGCGAAGAGGAAUGCAAACAUUCCUUUAUAGUUUCGUUGUUGCCCUUGGGAUCUUCUGCUCAUGCUUAGAUAUAAGGAUGAAAUAAACAAACAGCAGCCCAGACGUGGGCUCUAUGCAGAGUCCAUUAAAUUUGUCUUGUUGUAACACAUUGUGUUCUUUGGUUUUAAACGUAGUUUAUAAGCCAAAUAUCCAUAAUCCCUCAGAGGGAGAAAGUAAUGAACAAGUAAUGACUGCUAACUGAAGCCCUGUUCCAAAUACUUACAUCACAAUCCCUGGAGCUGGAUAGCACGUCCUGUUUUCCCAUGGAAUCGUCUUCUGCCUAUAGCUGCUCAGCACAACUUGCAACCUGCCAAACCAAAACCCAACUCACGUGUCUUGCAUUGCUGUCGCUAGUCAAUCCCAUGCCUUUUGUAGUCCCAGAGAAACAGUAAUAACAAGAUAUAAAGCCUCUUGUAGGCUAUACUAUACAUGACUGAUGGACUGUGCUCAGUUUGGUGGGUCACAAGUUGCAUAGGCCAGGCCUGUAUAGAAGUUAUGAGGAUGAACUGGAAUCUAUGGACCAAAGGAGCCAUGAUGGCUAUGUGCUCCCUGCAGCAUUGGAGGCAGAUUCCCACUGAAUAGUGUCAGGAUGCUGUCAGCGGCUCCUGUCUGGUUGCCCAGGAAAGUAUAAAGACAAGGGAAAGUUUCUUACCGUUCUUUUUAAUUCAAUAUUUACAGAGAGAGGUUAUAGAACCCAGCCUUUUGGAUAAUGGUGAUGUCCCGAGUGAAUCUCCACCCCCCGUGUCUCCCAUUUUCUCAUUUGUCACUUCUCCGGGUGCUGCUACAUGCCCUCUGUCUUUGAGCUCGUUGGUCUCCUACUUUUAAGGCUCGCCAGGUUCUGAGAGAUGGAGGGUCUGGGAGGCUUUCCAAUGACACCGUGUCCAUCAGCUGUUGCUCCACUUCCGCCCCCUCCUCCUCCUCUCCCAUUAUUUCCCAACACCCCCCCCCCGCCCUCAUCUGCCUCUGAGCUGUGACCUCCCGGAAACCACUGUUGUAAAUCUAUAUUGUCUUCCUCUUCCUCCUCCCUGGGAGGGUCAGGAUGGGGAGGCGGUCUCCACCGUUCCUCCUCUGCCCAGUCCCUGACAAAUAGCAGUUGUCACUGGGAAUCACAAGCAAGUUCUGUUGCACUUAAGUCCUGCUUCUCAUGGGUAUCUGGUUGGCCAUUGUGAGAACAGGACACUGGAGUCCGUGAUUAUUAUUAUACAAGAUUAUGGACCACUUCACAGCAUAAAGCCAUCAAAGUGGUAUCCAAGAUCAGAAGAGAAUAAAGUGCGUAAACACAAGCUCUAAGAACAAUACAAACCCCACAAAACAAUUUAAUUGGCGAUAAAAUUAAUACUCCAUCAAUGGCUGGGUUACGCUUCAGGGAAAGCCUUCCUAAACAAAAAUGUAUUGAGUAGUCAUUUAAACUAGAUGGGCCUUUGGUCUUAUUGAGCAGGGCUCAUCUUAGGUUCCUCAGGUGAGUAUUAGAGUGUUUAGAGAGCUCCAUUUAGGUUACUAAGAGGGGGUUGGGGAGGCAGACCUCCUGCACUUCUAAUACCUGUAUUUGUGUAGUGGAGUAACAAUAUGUCAUCAUGGGUAAAAUUGGAUUUGAAGACUGGUCUGUUGGGUUAAAGUGCAAUAUUUUAUCCUCAAGACUUGGGUCCAGUGCCAGCAUACUGCAUGCUGUUGACUGAAGUGGAACCCAAAUGGCAUCCCCUUUGGUAGGUCCAAUACUUUACAGUGUGUUGCGGCAUCGUUCAGGCACUGAUUCCUGCCUUCAUCCCCCCUCUCCCCAUUUUCAUGGUGCCAUCUGAUAUGGUGCAAUUCACUCUGAUAUGUAGGCGGGCUGACCCUGCUUAGAUCAUGUAUCCUGAGAUAAAAAGAAAUCCCUCCUCACUUUAAUUCCUGUUUCCUGCCCCUGCAACAUUGUUUCCCACCCCCCACCAGCUAUAAAUGACAGCAAAUUAGCAGAGGCUGCCAUCGAAAUAACGGAUUGUGUCAACACAUUGUUUACAACUUGUCUCUUCACCUUUAGAGGAAUAUUUCCCCACAGCAGGUAAAUGAAGCGAGAGAUUGGAUCAGUGAACAAUGGGUCUAGAGUUAACCUCUUGCCUUAAGGUGAUUCAGAGGCAUGAUGCCAGUGACCAAACUAGAGAGAACAGAAGUAUAUAGAGGGAGCAAGGAUCAACAGACAUUGUCUGGUUUUCUAGUAAAACUACUUGCUCUAGGACAUGGAUGGGGAACUUGUGGUCCUCCACAGGUUGUUGGACUGCAACUCCCAUAAUUAGGAUGCUGUUAUAUCCUUAGGGCGGAUCAGUUCUGGAAGUCUGAGGGAAGGAUAAUGCCGCUGAUGCUAAGGAAAUUAUAGUAAUCUCAAAGGAUAAUAAAGUUUAAAGCCUGUCAAUCCUACCUCUUUGGCUGAUCAGUUACCAGUAAGUAAGGAUGAGGGAGAAAUUGGAUUCCCUUUGCAUUUAUAGGCAAUCCUGCUUAAUUUGUGCUUUCUGAAACAAUAUGUGAACCAAAACAGUCUUCCCUUGAAAUGUUUGUUUCUCUGAAUUCUGCAAUGCCGUUCUUCAGCCAAAUCAAGUAUGCAUUAAAAGGCAUGCAUUAGUGAAAAUAGCAUCCGAAAAUGAAGUCUAGAAGGUGAAAUUUUGUGCUGCAAAAAUGUGUUCAUUAGAAAUUUGUUCUAAAAUGCUGAAUGGUCACGGGGAUUUUUAAAAACCCGCAAACUUUUGUAGAGAGUAAGAGUUGGACGAAGGGGAAACUGAGAAAAUCGGAAGUUGACAGACUCACCCAUCCCUCCAAGUAGGCAUGUUGAUCUGUCUUUCUGGCACCCUUGGAUCUUAUCUCCUAUCUGUUAGCUUGCUCAUGUCAGCUUCCUCUAAAAUACAGUAUCGACUGGGUUUUUUCCAUGUAGUGUUACUUCAUUUGCGAAAGCUGAACAACAACCAUGACAUUUCCCAGAGCUUCUUGCAGCUGAAGAUAACAAGAUAUGCUGCUAACCAUACAUGCAUACAUCAGGAAAGAUUGAAAUCUACAGCCUUCAAAAUGGAAUCGAUGUUUUUACAAUAUAAAGUGCGUCUCAGAAUGUGCAUGUAGCAACACCUGCCCUAGCCUUGUUGGCAUUGUUUUCAAUGUAGGGACCAUAGGACUGAGGAGGUACAAGUGUAACAAGAAAGAAGGAAGCAUAGUUCACAAUGCUGGCUUACGAUUUUUUAAAUUAUUAUUAUUAAUCCUUAAUUAAGGAUGUAGGUGGUGGUAUCACCGCUACCCUCCACCACAUGUGGCGGCAACCAGAGGAUAGACCUUUUCUGUGGUAGCCCCCUGACUGUGGAAUGUUCUCACCAGGGAAGCUCAUGGCUAUAUUCUACCUCAAAGGCUGUAUGCCUCCGAAUACCAGCACCCUGAGCUAGAUGAAUGAGAGGACUGACUUAGCAACCUAAGUUCCUGUGUCCCACUGAGAGCUCUCUCAGUCCUCCAGAAACCCAGCCAGAUGGGCAGGGCAGGGGCGCCUUACCCAUAGAGGCUAGUGGCGUGGGGCGCCAGGGUGCCAAGUUCUGGAGGGUGCCAGGGAAGAGGCGGAGGCUGGACGAGGCGCCUCCUGGCAUCAGCUCGCCGCCCUCGCCCGCCUCUGCCAUGCAGCGCUGAAGCAGUGCCGUGCCUGGAGCCUCCAUCUGCAGUGGCCACCGCGGCAUGAAGCAGCCAACUGAGCCGGGAAGCGGCACCUCCAGCCUCUGCUUCUUCCCUGCCGGAGGAGCCGCCCUCCAGCCGCCUCCUCCAGCUCCUAAAAAACUCUGGGAAAUGGGGGGGGCACCGGAGGGAGCUUUGCACCACGGCACCGGAUAUGCUUAAGAUGGCCCUGGGGCGGGGUAGAAAAAAUAAAUAAAUAAAUAAAUAAAUAAAUAUAAUUAUAAUUAUUAGUAUUCGUAUUAUCCUUCCACUCUAAAGCCUGAAAUGGCAUCUCCAGAGGUGGAGGGCCUCAAAUAUUGCACGAUUCGGUGAGAUGAAUGGGAAAACUUGUUGGAGGUGCCAGGGAAUGAAAUAAAUCAUUUUGGUUAAUAUAGGAAGUAUGGAAAACUUCCAUGGUUGGGAGGCAGGAAGUGUUUUUUUUAAAAAAAAAAUCUAUGAGCUUCUUUUGCUUGUGGCAUAGAUUUGCUUCAGGGCAGCAUCACCUUUAGAAUCGGGUCACGUUGGCAUGGCAGGUGAGCGAGGCACAGCAGCAUAUGGGCUCUUGGAACUGAUCGUGGUCUUUUUCUCUCAUGGCAGGUCUGAUUUAUACCACAUCUCGGCAGCUCGAUCGCGAAUACAGGGCUGAGCAUAUCUUAGAGGUGAGUGAUGACGAAGUUGUAAUUACUUUUAUUUACUUGAAAGUGGUGUGUGUUGUUUUUUUAAGUCCUCAAAGAAUAUUUCCUUGCAAGUCAGAGCACACCAAAGAGGAGGACUCAUUCCAUCAGUUCCAAAUUGCUCAGGAAGAUAAUUGCUUGUUCUGCAUUUUUGUGGGUUUGCCCCCAGUGCCAGCCUCACUAAUACCUCCUGGCUUAGCUUCUUAACUGAAGGGCUGCAACAGGAAUCUUGCCGCUAAGCCCUUGCAGAGUAAAGGGGGGGGCAAGUGGUUUCUUGCCCCUUUUGACAAAAUGGACACUUAGGAGAUUUCAUUAGUACAUGGUACUGAAAUGCAGUCUCCGAGCUAAGAGGCAGUAGGUUGCAGGUUCUGAGGCCUUCAUAGGAGAUGUUCUAGACCAGUGGUGUCCAAACUUUUUUCAAAGAGGGCUAGAUUUGAUGAAGUGAAGGGCCAUGAGGGCCGACCAAAGGGCUGACCAAAGUUGGCCUUUUUUUAGGAUUCAAGUUGUUGAGGUUUUUUUUAGGAUUUUACUCCGGGAAAUAAACUGCCAAGGGGCUGGAUUAAACUGAUCGGUGGGCCGGAUUAGGCCCCCGAAGCAGACAUUGGACAUGCCUGUUCAAACUACAUCAGUCUCAGACAGGGAGAACUGAGGAAUUUGACUCCACUUGCAUAUAAAGGGAAAUUUAUCCAAUCUACGCUUUCCAAAACAAUGAGCAAACUGAAACACAGGCACCCUUCAAAAUUCACACUCUGCUCCAGAAAAGUAAUGGUACAAAAAUGCACAAAUUAGGGUAAAGUGUACAUAAAAAUGCAUGUAUUUCUUUAGCUUUUCAAAAAAAAAGUAUUUAUUCAACAAAAUUAUGUGAAAAUGUGUAUAUUAAGAGAAAUGCACACUAGAAUGCUGAAUCUUCGUUGACUUUAAGAAAAAAUAAUAUCACAGACUGAUGUGGAUGUGUGGGGAACUGCUCUUAAGGUUGGGAAAAUGAGAAACAGAGAAAAAACAAAACGGAUAUUUUCACCCAUCCUUAGUCUCAGCCAGUAUGGCCAAGUGUGGUCAAGGAUAAUAGAAGUUGUAGUCCAAAAUUCCUAGAAGGCCCUGGUUUGGAGAAGGCUGGUUUUAGUGUAAGGACUAUAUUUUCAGUCAGCGGUGUCUCCCGGCUAUAACCUGAAGAUGCUGAGGAUUGAACCUGUGACCUUCUGCAUGCAAGGUGUACCACUGGGUUUUAGCCCAUCCUCCAAAAGAAACAUAAGAAGCUGCCUUAAAAACAAAGUCAGAUCACUGGGCCAUGUAAUGCAGUUUUGUCCAUGCUGACUGACAGUGGCUCUUCAGAUACAGAUGCUGUACCACUGAGCUGUGGCCAUUCCUCUAACCACUGUGCUGCACUCAAACACAUUCUGAGAAAAUAGCACAUACCAAAAUUCAUGGGUGCUGCUAGGAACAAUGCAUUUCAAUAAAUGUAGCACAUAUUCAGAUUGCCAACUUUUGAAGAGUCGUCUCUGUCAGAAGGUGGAGUACAGAAGCUCUUUCAGAAGCAAGUACAGGCUUGGAGCCCUUUAGCAGUUUUUGUUGGGUCUGGAGCAGAGGUUGGAUAGAUCCCAGCACACAACAUAAGAUGCCCCUCAUCCUUUCUUUCUCUUUGCCUUUCUACCAAAUAACUCCAAAGAAAGCAGGGGAAAUUCAGACAUACUGUUCCCCAUCACCACCACCCUUUUCCCAUCUGGCCAGUUGGCAUUCUUAGUCUAAACUUACAUUAGUAGCUCCUGGCUGCUGCCUGAGAGAGUCUGCUCCAUUUUGCAGGCUAGCUUCUACAAACAGCAGCUCUUUCAAAUGAGCUAUAUUUCAGCUUGCUCAAAGAUUCAUUAUUGGCAAGAGUCAAUGCAAAAGAGAAUGCUUUGUAUUGGAUAGCAUCUCUGAGAUGACACCUUCAUGAGUGGUCUCUGGUUUUUGAUUCACUAAUAUCUCUCCACCUAACGCAUGCACACCGAACUGUUUGGGUUGCCGUCCAGUGUUGUGCAUGCAGAAAGUCCUCGCAUCUCCACUUUCUGAAACCGGGUUGAACCACUCCCAGUAUAGACAGCACCGAGUUAGAUGAACCAAUGACUCAAUGUAAGGCAGCUUCUGUAAGGUUGUAUCCAAGCUUGCAUGAUGGGUCUUCUCCUCACGCAGCAGGACUUCCCGUUCCUCUCCUCUCCUUUCAUGCUCCAAAAGGGUCCCCCAAUGCUCUGGAGCAGAUUUUGAGGGUACACAGGGGGCCUGAGGGGAAGCAGGGGCAGGUUCCAUUGAGCAAGCAGAAGUCUGUUGCCUGAAUGUGACAGCAGCAUUGGAUACAACCCUUAACCCUCAAUGUAGGCAAACCACACAUUGUAACACUUCAACCACUCCCAGAAGACUUUGUCAGAUAUUAGGAGAUCCUCCAAAUGUUGCUGGACUACAACUCUCAUCAUCCCAGAGCAUUGGUUAUGCUUACAGGCAUCCUGCAACAUCUGGAGGACCUUGGGUCUUCUCCUCUGCCAUAGCAGGGAAACAUCUGGGUUUCAUGAGCAUUAACUGUUUUCUUGAGGUUUCAGAUCUGAUACUCUUUUGGCUUUUCCUUAUAGGUCUCUGUUUCAGACAAUGGGGAUCCAACUCUGAAAUCCACCAGUAGAGUUGUAAUCCAAAUCACAGAUGUCAAUGAUAAUCCUCCCACAUUUUCCCAGAAGUUCUUCAUGGUUAAUCUACCACAGAAAACGGGAUCUGAGACUCCUUUGCCAGUCUACAGGAUGAUUGCCACAGAUCGGGAUGAGGGACUGAACUGCCAAGUCACUUACAGCCUUGAAGAAAACAGUGAUGGAGUCUUCAGCAUCCACCCAGUGACAGGCAUGGUCUUCUCCAAAAAGGCUUUUCCUGUCCAGGAGUACAACAUAUUGACGGUGAGUGAGAUAUAGGAAGUUAAGGAGGAUGGAGGCAGACAGCAGUUUUUUUCUUGAGUAUUUAAGGGCCUUGUAGUCAAAGAUGGUAUUCAGGUUGUUGUUGUUGUCUCAUUGGUCUAUUGCCCUUCAUCCAUAGAUCUCAGGGCAACAUAAUUACAUCAAGAACCUGUGAAACCUAUUUAGCCCAAACCUGCCAUGAAACAACAGCAACACAUAUGUUGCAGAAGACAAAAUACUCCAUCACCUUCUUCAGUUUGCAUGGGUAGUCCAAGAGCAGUUUGGUGGGUCAUCACUGGAUGCCAGUUACUGGGGAGGAAUAGCAAGAGAGGGUUGCUAUUUUCAAUCCCUCCUUGUGAACUUCCUGGAGGCAUCUUGGCUGACCACUGUGGGCAGCAGGACCCCCAGCAGGGGUCUUCUUAUUUUCCUCUGUGUGUUGAGCAACAAGCUUUGCAGGCUAUAGAGUCAGACCAGAGUCGGCAGCUUUACAUAUGCCAAAGAAAUCCUAUCAAACUGUUGUAUGAACCAUGCUAUGUUAACAGGGGCAAGCAAAUGGAUGCCAUCCAGGUGUACACUUUACCUACCAGCUGAAGGAAGGCAAAGGCAACGGCAACUGCAGGCUGCCCACUUUGUGGUGCUUCUGGCAAUAGAACCGUGAAAGGCUGAUGUCCUAUCCUAUUAGGUACACUCGGAACAUUGGCAAGAGCAACUUUGGUUUCCACUGCAUGUAAGCUGAUGUCUCUCUUGGCAGGUCAAGGCUACUGAUGGCGGCAGCCCCCCACUCUCUUCCAGCGUGAGGCUGCAUGUCAACUGGAUCCCUAAGCCCCUCCCGUCCUCAGAGCCUCUGACUUUUGAUGAGCCUCAUUUCAACUUUGCUGUCAUGGAAACAGACCCAGUGAACCACAUGGUGGGAGUGAUCAGCGUGGAGGCUGGGCUCGGCCAACUCUGGUUUAAUAUCACAGGUGAGUGGCAUGUGGCUGGGAAAUGAGCUCUGAGGGUGACUCUGGGCUGACAAAACGCUGCCUCGGCUCCCCAGCUAUUUGGCACGCACAUGCCCCGAGUGAACAAAGGCUGUUUAUUUCAGAUGGCAGGCACAUUAGAGUCAAGGCCUUGGCGCUGGCAAGGAGCAGCACUGAGGCUGACUCAAGCAGUUGUCCCACAAAAAGCAUUGUGCAGGUCUUGCAUUACCUACCCAUCGCACUUUGCAAAAUGGCAUUUCUGGCACUCUCCCAACCUUAAAUGAAAAUUCUUGUGUUGCAAACGGGCAAAAACACAUAUUUGCAGCUCACAGGAAAUAUGUGGUAAUCAUAACUAUUCCCCACAGCAAUAAAAACAAACCAACAGGAGAGAGAGAGAGAGAGAAACCACAAGGGGUUUUGAAAGUCUUUAAAUGUUAAGUUGGUAGGGAGCUGCUAUGAAUGCUCAGCAAUUCCCUUGAUAAAAACCUAUUAUGUUUUAUUCCUAUUCUUCUCUAUUUUCCCCCAUUAGUCAGAAAUGCCCUAUGCUUUCAUUAUGCAGAAGGAUGUCAAAAGAUACAAAUCUCUUUUGUAUAUUUUUGCAAAAGUUAAGAGAGACCCAUUCUAGUUAGAUAUUCCAGUGUAAUGAUCAAUGCAUUUUUGUUGUUGUUGGAGAUAUGAACCUCACUGGGAUUAAUAAUUGGGACAUCAGUGGGUGUCCACUGUGGUCCUAUUUCCAUCUUCAAGAACUCAUGGUUCUGAAGGGGGUUUACCUUUUUCAUAGUAUAUUGCAACAUCUGUAAGAUGUUCCCCAGGCUCAUGUAGGUUUUCAUGCACAUUUAAUGGUAGAAUUUGAGGAAUGCAUAGAUUUUUGAAAUAAUUCUUAGGUGCCAAGAUCAUUUCAUUUGUAUCCUGCACAUCUGACUGAUCUUUGAUGUAUCUUUCAGCUGUACUGAACUGUGAGUGCGUAAUUCCUAUUUCCUGGCAUUACAUUGCAGACUUAAGAUUUAGUUUGGGGCUUUGGGGUUUUUUGUUUGUUUGUUUUUGUUUUGCCUCUGUUAAGUGAAGCCAUUCCUGAAGGCAGAUAGUUUGCAGACCUGCAAGAAUUGUCCUUCUCAGGGCACCUCCAAGGAAUGCUUCUGUGCCUGGUGCAGUUGGGCAUGGAUAAUGGAGUACAAACACAAUGAAGGCAGGACAGGAAUCAACACAGUACAGAAUUGACAAUGCUUGAGGAAAGUUUACUUUUGUGUGGGACAGUCUGCCCGCAUUGUGUCCCCUUGCAGGUACUUUCUUUGGAAUUUAAUCUCAGUAUUUAUCUAUUCUCCUAAAUCAGACACUGUUUACAAUAUGAGAUAUAAACCUCCUUCACACAGUAAGUCUGGGUAAUCCUUUGCCCUGAAUCAUUACCCUGUUUGGCUGACAUACUCAAGCUAGAAUUGGUGGAGUUUUUUAUAUAUAAAAAAAUCCUUUUCUAUUUUAGAAAUUGUGUUUUACCCCCCUCCAUUCCCCAAGAAGCUCAGGUUGGGAUGGCAUACAUGAUAUGUGGCUAUCUCUUUUUCUCUACACAACAGUUCUGUGAGAAGGAAACAGAAUGCAGCCUUUUGCUUUAGACAGUGGAAAAAGUGAUAUAUGGGGCUCCUCUGUAGGGAUGGGGAAUCAACAACAUCUGGAGGACCAUUAGUUUCCUAGCCCUGGUCUGUUUCUGCAACUGUUCAAUUAGCAUUAUAGAACCGUAGAGCUGGAAGGGACCACAAGAUUCGUCUAGUCCAACCCCUUGCAAUGCAGGAUUUUUUUGCCCAGCGUGGGCCUCAAACCCCUGACCCUGUGUCUCAUGCGCUCCCAACCGAGCUAUCCCAGGAUGACUAGGCUUCCCCAGAAAGUGUGGACUUUCCCUAGUGUCACAGCAGAGGACAUUGCGAGUUCACACAUAGAGCUGCCCUUGAGUUCCAAGCCAAAAGUUUCUCUUGGCGCUAUAACGCCCUUCCCUUCCACUUGUCUGCUCAAGUGAUUUAUAAUGCAAGUCAGACAAUGUCCGCACCUGUCUGCUCAAAUAGUUCUACUGGUUCAUUUUCUUCCAGACGUCGUCUGGCCCCAUCCCUUUCCCUUUUGCUCCUUUUUCUAUAAAGGCACUGUUUCUUUAAAAUCUUGGUGCCUCUGAUCCACUCUCAUUUUCAUUCCUGGCUCUUCCUAAAUUACUUUAGGAGAGCCAAACGCAUUUCCCCUUAGGGACAUAUUUUUCUGAGUACUCAGACCAAAGAUUCUUUCCCAGGUCCCCCACUAAUGGUUGUUGGAACUGCAAUUGUGGGAUAGGCUUUUGUGAGUGUAGCAGGCCCUAACUGCUUAUUACCCCAUGAGAUCGCUGAUGACCACCAGUGCCUCACCACCUCUGACAUAUUCUCUACUUGCCUCAUUUUAUUUGAAACAUAGUUUUUUAAACUUGGAGGCUUACUACUUUCUCCAAUGCUGCCCAAGCCAGGAGUGCUUACAUGUCAAGUCAGGUGGCCUGUACGAGCAGAACUACAUUUACCUAGUCCAUAUAGUUUUGCUCCACCAUUUCAGGAACUCAUACAAUAGCAUCUUAGUUUCCCCUUGUUAUCUGUGAAACUGUUUCUGUUGUCACAGAAACUACAGCUUCUUAAAAAUGGCCAUAGUUCCUAUCUCUCCUGCAUCAAGGCUGCGCUCUAUCCAUGACACAAUAGAUCCAUGGCGACCCUCCAUCAAAGCCUCCCAGUUGCUUCUGUUUUGCUUCAUGGAACUAUUGGUCCAGCUAGUUUCCCUAUUGGUCCAGCUAGCUCAGCAUUGCCUAUACUGACUUGCAGCACCUCUCUGGGGUUUCAGGCAGGGGAUCUCUCCAAACCCUACGUGGAGAUGCCAGGGAUUGAACCUGGAGCCUUCUGCAUCCAAAGCAGAUGCUCUACCACUGAGCUAUGGCCCUUCCCCAAUGUGACUUUUGUAACUACUUGAAGGGGGCUAUCAUACCUGCUCUCAGUCUCCUCUUUUCCAGGCUAAACAUCCCCAACUCCCUCAACCAUUCCUCAUAAGGCUCGGUUUGCAGACUCUUGAUCAUCUUGGUUGAAAGGGAUAUUUGUCAGGACUGUAGUAUGGACUAUGACUCCGAUUCUGAUCAUGAUCCCCCUCCCACCUCAACAUAUGCCUGCAAAUUAUUAUUUUUUUUGGGGGGGGAGAGAAAUAGCUGUAGAGGAAAUGCUAUUUGGAAAUGGAAGGAUUAACAUGGCAGAGUUGAUUCCCAGCGAAAAGAGGUGGACUAUGGUGGACAAAAUAGAGCAGUUUAUACAGGCCUUAUGCGGCAGGAAAAGGUGUGAAAUAGUGGUGGGGAGAUUAUGCAGCUAGCCAAUUGUGCUGUUAUAAGUUAUAUUUUCUAAGCUCUGGGGAUGGGGUGAGGCAGAGAAAGGAGAAAAAUGGGAGAGUGUUUUGUUCAUGAUGUCAUGCAGAUGUCAGGGAACACAGCAUCACUAUUCCACAAGAUGAUGCCUAGUGUAGAAGCAGGAUACAUUCUCUAUCUCAGUGUAUAGUCACACAAAGAGCUCUAAGAAACCUUGCUUGGAGAAUAACCCAUAGAUUAGUCAGCCUUACACAACUUGUGACACUCCAAGCUGAAAGCAGCCCACCAAAUGGGUAUUGUGGCCUGCCAGGUAACCUUGCAAUUUUGCAGCCUUUGCUUGGUCACUAUUGUUGGUGGUGAGCUGCAUUUCAUUUGGUAGGCUGCAAGUUCUGACUACCUUUCAUCAUCUAUGCAGCCUGCUCUUUAGUUUUAUGGACUAUUGGAGAAUAAAGCUGCGGGUUUUUCUGUCUUAUUUCAGUCUUCAGAUGCGAAAUGUGCUUUAUUUAAGUCCUUAUCCAAUUGUAAAUAAUGGUGGGGAAGUGAAUAAGAACUCUGCAGUGGCUUCCAAAACAUCUUCUUUUGGGGUGGCUUGCUCCACUGCAAAUCUUACAGAUGUUUGUCCUUGCCCAGGACUCAUCCAUGAAUUGGAGCAAGUCUCAACAGAGAGAGGGGAACUGGUUUAAGCAUCACACCUUGAAGCAAAGCCAGCAAAUGUCCUCUCCCCUGCCAAUUUCUCCCAAUAGUCCUUCUUUUCAACAGAACAUGCCCUUCUGUGUCCCACUGGUUAAUUUCAGCUCCCUUCACCUUGUAUAGCAUUUCAUCAACAAACUAGGCAUUAUUGCGCACUCAAGCCUAUGCAAAACUUAGGGAAAAUAAACAAAGAUGCAAUGAGGACAAUAGAAGCCUUUCACAGAGGUUUUCCACCCACUUUUUUGCUAUUCUGCUGCCUGCCUCUGGAUAUAUUUUAUUUGUUGCAAAUGCUACCAGCUGCAAUGAUACUUUUCCCCCUCUUGGAUCCCUGCCUGCCCGGGGAGAUGCUAUUACUCAGACACCUGGUCUCCUCCGUCAUAACUCCUACCCUAUCUACUUAAGUUAUCUCUUUCCUCUAAGGUGGUGAUGAUGACAUGGAUUUUGACAUUGAGAAGAGCACGGGCAGCAUUGUUAUUGCGAGAACCCUGGAUGCAAAGAAAAGGUCAAACUACAACCUCACAGUGCAGGUCACUGAUGGAUCGAGCAUCAUCAAGACACAGGUGAGCAUCCACAAAGCCCUGUCCAAACUCUUCUGUAUUCGCAGGGAGAGUUUUUAUAAGAACUUAGGACAAGAACAUAAACAGAUAGAGUUCUCUCAAAAAAUUACUUUGCCAAAAUGCUAAAAAUUCAUGAUUCAGCUGAAUUUGCAUAAGACUGGGGGAUAAGGUGCUAUAAGGGGCUCCCAAUUUGGCCUGUGUAGGUUAGCAAAAUGGCAUCGUCUUUCAUGCAAGCUCACUUGGGGAAAACACCCCAAACUCAAUGCUCAAAUUCUUCUCAAUGCACAGCAAAAAAAUAAAGAUAAGAACACUUAUCAAAGGUGUCACUUUUCUUAAAUUCCUUCCUCUGCAGAUCCUGGCCAACUGUGGUACAGUACUUGGAGACUCAGGGACUCAGUUUGCACGCAAGCUAAGCCUAACCACUGCUUAAUGUAAAUGAUCAAACAUGCAGUCUGUCAGAGAGGAGAUUGCAGUCCCUUUCCUCUUACCUGGUCAUUGUGCUGCUGUGUUGAGUUGUACUAAGCCAUCUCCAGGAGCUUUCACAUGGAAGAGAGCUGCAGCUUAGAGCACCUGCUUUGCAUGUAGAAGCUCCCAGAUUCAAUCCCUGACAUUUCCAGGUAGGGCUGCCUGAAGCCCUGGAGAGCUGCUGCCUGUCAAUGUAGACAGUAAUGAGCUAGAUGGGCCAAUGGUUUCACCCAGCAUAAGGUAGCUUCCUGUGUUAAAAGAGUGAGCUGAUGACAGUCUCCUGCACCACAUCAGUUUUGACCCAAAACAACAAAGGGCUUAUUCAUUCAUCCAGAUCAACCACAUCAUCCAUGACACUGUAUUUCAGCACAUCUCCACAUGAAGAUAUGUAUUGAGAUAAUUAUGGCAGGCAUUUGAGAUUGAUGAGUAUUCUCUGUGUGGCCAGGAUGAGAGGAACUGAAUCCUGAAUCUGAAUCAUGAUGAAGAGGAAGCCCUGAGGCUUCCUAAGUUCAUUAAAUUGGCAAGUUCAUUACCAAUCCCUGGCAACUCCAGGUAGGCCUGGGAGAGAACGCUGCCUGAAAUCCCAGAGAGCUGCUGGCGGUCUAUGUAGCCAAUACUGAGUUAGCUGAACCAAUUGUCUGACUCAGGGUAAGGCAGAUUUCUAUGUCCCAGGGUCUGAGCAGUCAGAAUAAUUCUGCAUCUAAUGCAAUUGCCUGUUGCACAUAACUGGCAGGAUUUGUAAGGCCUAUUAGCAAGUCCAGGAGAAAGGUGAGGACCAAAAAUGGUUCCACCAAUCCACCUCUUUCCUUUGCACGUGUCAAUCCAAAUCUGAAGGCAUCUCUAAACUGUUUUGAUACUGGUUUAGCUGUCAGAGUCUCUCUGAAGCAAUCUGGGAAUUGUAACUUUUGUCAAGAUACUGAGAAUUAUUUGCUAUAGAUCUGUGAUCUCUGUUGUUCAGGGGGUCUUUGGCCAGUAGCCAUGACAGCUAAUGAGUUCAAAAGUGACCUGAUAUUUAUAGUGUAGACAUGCAUUUUGUCUCCCAACAGGUAGGUAGCCUCACCUUUCACUCCUGCCAACAAGUGCAUAUGUAGAGGUUUGCCUGGGAAAACAAGGUUUUUAGCAGGGAUUUAAUCUGAUAAUUGCUUUACUGAUAGCCACUAAAGUUAUGUAAAACCUAGGAGAUGGUGGGAAGCAGAUGCUGAGGGUGCUGUUUCAGUGUGACUCAGUAGUAGAUUGAUGGUAUUUUCAACGUCUUUAUAACAUUGUUCUGCUGCCACUAAGAGUCAUCUUCUGACACCUUGGCUGACAUGCAAUCCCAGCCUCCAGGAACUUUUCUUCUGUUUACUUUGGCAUUGACAAUCACUGCUGGGUAUGUUGGUGAACCUGCUCUUGCAAAAUCAUGGCAAGUUGGAUUUCAUUGAAGAAAGCAGGCGAUUGCAUCAGGUUGUCUCCUUCCAAGAUGCGGUUUGCGAUGAAAAACAACUGGAUCAAAUAGACAGAGAUUGCCAAGUUCUCUUUGCAACAUUUGACAGCGAGCUUAGGGAUGGGUUUAUUUUUUCCUGUUACAAAUACGUUUCCAGGCUCUUGCAAAUACAUUUCCAGGCUGCUUCUGAUAUAUUGUACACUUUCCCCACCAUGUCAUUUCUGUCCUUAUUCUGUUAGUUUCCUGGGAUGAAAUAAGCAGAAGUGCAACUACACCACAUACGUUUCUAAACUCUAGUGCUGGCUUCAAAACAGUAUGUACAUCCAGUGUAGCUAAACUGAUUAUCACCAAACAUUCAUGGUGUCUGAGUUUUUCAGUCCCCCUUGCUGUUGCUUAUUCUUAUCCUUCACCUUCAUAAUCCUCAGCCUCAUUUGCCUACACUUCAAUAUGAUUGGCUGGGAUGCCCCAUGCCAUUUUAGGAGCAUCAGAAGCUACCUUAUGCAGUGUCCAUCUAUCUCAGUAUGGUCUACGCUGAUAGGCAACAGCUCUCCAAGGUUUCAGAUGGGACAUUCCCAGUCCUGGAGAUGGCAGGAAUUGAACCUGGGAAAUUCUGCAUGCAAGGCAGAUGCUCUAGCACUGAGCUGCGGUCCUUCCUCCAUGAGGUCAUCACUUCAGAUAUAGUGUCAUCUCGUUCAAGCUGGGCACCCUGGUAGAGCCCACCACUGACACCUGCCCUGUGCCCCCUUGAUGUUCUUUUCCAGACAGGCAUCACAAGCAGUUCUCACUGCACUUUUAAUUCCAUGCCCCUGAAGUAUCGUCACUUGGGGACAUGGUGGGGAAUGAAAACAGUGGCCCUAUGUCACCUGGUCCCACUGCCAUGUAAGCCCACAUAAGGACAUAGGAAGAACCUGCUGGAUCAGGCCAAUGGCCCAUCUCUCCAGCCUCCUGUUCUCACAGUGGCCAACCAGAUGCCUGUGGGAAACCAGCAGGGAGGGCAUAUCCAGAGCAGAAGUCGUCCACCAAAGACCUCAAGCCUAGAACAGGACUCACAUCAAGUCAUUGACAAAAACCGCUCUCUGGAGCACAUGUUUUAGAUAUGCAUUUAUGCACAUGGCAGGGAGCAUACGUCCAAAGCCUGCUAACUCUGGUAUGCUGAAUAUACUUCCAAAGCUACAAAAAAUAACCACAUUAGAGUUUUCUGUCAAAAUUGCUGUGCUUGUCUAAGAAUUAUCCUCAUCAUUCCAGCCCUCACCCUGCCUUCUCUCUUACAUAUGUUCUCCCCACACUCUUGCAGGCCUAUAUCCGUGUGAUUGACAUUAACCAGCAUUCCCCCAAGUUCUUGGAGUAUCAAUAUGAGGCUCACAUUCCAGAAGACACGCCUCCCGGGACAGAAAUUGCCUGGGUCCGUGCAACAGACAAGGACCAUGGGAAAGGACUGAUCUACACCCUUCAGAGCAGCGUGGAUCCCAGAAGCAUGAAGCUUUUUCAGAUGGACCCAAGCAGUGGCACACUCAUGAUGGCGGAAGCACUUGAUUCGCAAUCCAUGUCGCUGCACACCCUGACAGUCAUGGUAUGGGAGUCACAGGAAAGCAACUUGUAUAUUUAUUUGAUUUAUAUCCAACUCUAUCCCAUGGGCCUGGAGUGCCUUACAGCAGUUUUUCUCAAUUUCACUCAACGUGUACUUGUUGCUGUGCACAGCUAGGUGUUGUGUCAGGGUGCAAGGACCGAAACACAAAGAUACUAUUGUGGGUUAAGCAAGGCCAUUACUUUACUGGCUGCAGUCAAUAUAUUGGGUUGGGGUGGGGUAAGUAUCUGUCUGCUGGGAAGAACAGCCCACCACCACCCUUCCCUACUGCUGAGGCCACCAUGCAGCCCACCAUGCCAAGGGCCACUGAGAUGGCAACCUGCGGUAUGUGCGAAUAUAUGGCCAUUGGCCAUGGCCCCCCAAGCUAGGGUGAAGACCUUGAAGCACCAUGCCCAAUACCCCUUAUGGUAGUCCCCCCAUAAGUUGUGGAUCCCCACCAAUGCCUUUCCCUGCCAAAAAUGUGACAGUAAGGAAUAGAUAAAUGUACACAAACAUACAUUCUUGCUAUGGGAUCUGCAAUAACCUCACAGCCAUGGGCCAACUGCGACCUUUUUAACCAGUGAUCAAAGAACAUCCUGAAACUGUAGGAGGGAGGGAAGGGAAGUUGGUGAUGACACUGAGUGCUGAAGCCACAGCCCAGGGCUCCUAUUUACAUCCACCUCCAACAAGGCUUCCUUCUGGUCCACGCCCAAGCCCUGCCCACCCGCCAAAUGAAGGCUCUUAUUGGCUCCUGAGGUUGAGCUCCAAUUGGGACAUGGUGCAACAGCACCAGCCAACUAGAUGUCUGUGGUUGCCCCUGCCUUCCACCACAUAGGUGCACAUAGAGCAGAACAGCAGUGAACUGGGAGUUGAUGCACUUGCAGGGCAGGAGUCUUUUUCUGUUGCUGUUGCAUGCAGUUACUCAUUGGAAUCAGGAGACUGAGAUGUGGCUCACGGGUUCAUCCAAAUGAAUGAGAGUGGUUGCGAUGCCAAGUCCAUACUGUCCCUUUCCCCCAGGUCCAUUUGGCAUUCUGCAGCUGGGAAGUGUCACAUUGCAAUGAAUGCCUUCUUUUCUCUAAGACUGACAUUCACACGUCCACCUGUUCUGCCACUUAGGUGCGAGACCAGGAAGUCCCGGUCAAGCGAGACUUUGCCAGAAUUGUCAUCCACGUAGAGGACUGCAACAGCCACCCUCCCCAGUUCUCCAGCCUCCAUUACAAGGCGGAAGUUCUGGAUGCAGCCCCAAUAGGCACAGAGGUUGUGCAAGUCCGAGCCCUGGAUCAAGACCGAGGAGUGAAUGCUGAAAUCCACUACUGCCUUGAGGCAGGUAAGGGACUCGAGCAAUUUAUAGCUGCCUAUGAAUGCAAGUGUUUCCCUGAAUACUGAGUGUAAUGGCAUGUGCUAGCUAAAUAUGGUUUUUCCCAGUGUGCUAUAAAUGCAAGACUAAUAGGAGCAAGAAAAUUGCAUGAACUGGAGUGGAUUGGCAUAUGAAUGUGCUGGUUGACCUCUGUGAGAACAAGAUGCUAGGCUAGAUGGACCUGGUUCUGCAGGACUCAUGUCCUUUCUCAGCCCCUGUCCUUUCACUUUCCAUCUUGUGCGCUGAAGACAGUGCCUCUGGGUUCCCCACGUCUAACCACCGUCUCCAAAUUCAUUGACCACAUUCCCAUUGUAUUAGUAGGCAGAACCAGCAUCAAGUCAAGAGUCAGAUGGUUGUUCAUCUGCCAAGGGCACACACCACAGGUGGAAGCCCACCAACAAGACCUGCUCCUUCUCAUCACCAUUACAACCUGGUUGUUUACCUGCCUCUCAUUCAGGCCUAAACUACAGGCCUAAACUGUAAGAAAGAGGAGUAGUAGGUUCCACUGCUUGCUUGCACCUUGGCUCUCUGCCUGGUAAAGCAAAAAAAGACAAAAACAUGCUCAAAAAGGCUGAUUUGAAAUUUCAGUUUAUAUGAAUAAUAGUGUAUUCAGCACCAAAUGCUAAUGAGCAAAAAGAAGGCGGAGUAGCUAGCAUAAAGCACCCAUUUCCAAAUAUAUCCUUCAUCACUAUAUAUAUCCUUCAUCCUUCAUACAUAGUGCUGCAAAGCCAAACACACAAAACAAUAUUUCAUAUGGGUUCAAUAUACCAUGUAUAAGCAUUUUAAAACCAUAAGGCUAUGCUACUUUAAAUAAUCAAUUCCAUUAAUACAAUAAAUGUUAUAUCAAAUAUACUCCAAAAGCUGCUAUAACCAUAAUUUAAUCACUUGAGAUCAUAAGGCACAUAAAUAAUUGUUGCUUACCAAUCUUAUGAGGCUUGUAUGAUUUGGAAAUUUUUCUUAGCACUUGUUUGCUCGGCUAUGCCAGCCAGCAAAGCACUAUAGUUUAUUCAUUCAUUCAUUCAUUCAUUCAUUCUCCUGUCGCCCCCACCAUGUGGACACAUCAUAAAAUGUUCAGCAGGUCAGUAUCACUCUGCUCAUUCUGGACAGAAGUGGCAUCUAAAAAUAAAAAUGGGCCACCAUUUUAGCCAACGUGUUGAACGAAUCUGAGUUGCGAUUCUUUUCCUAUGAGCAUUUUUCUUCUUUGAGUUCAGCUCUCUGGUUUGCAGUGCAACACAAACACACUUUGCUCCCUAUAUCGGUUUUCACAGCUUUGCAUCUCCAAGCCAGCAGCUCCUAAGUGUAGCAUGAAAGUCUGUUUAACUUUUUGAAUUGAUGCACAGCUAAUACUGUUUCACAUUUCUAAAUCUCUUUAAAUAAAGUGUAGCCUGCCAGGGAAGGCAUUGUUUCCCAUUAUGCUCUGUUGAGUAAGGCUAUUUGUCCCUAAAGCUGCAGUCCUUUUCCAGAAAUAAGCGCCACUGAAAAAGCAAUGGCUUACUUCCAAAUAAAGUAGAUCAGAACUGUUAGAACUAUUUAACUGUUAGAAAGGCUGUUAUGUGUGUGUGUGUGUGUGUGUGUGUGUGUGUGUGUUACUGUCUUAACAGCACAAGUUCCAGGGGAAAAUAAUUGGGGGGCGGGUCCCAUCAACAAGUGUUUUUAAGAGCAAUUAUCUCCUAAUAAAUGAGAUGGGUACAUGUUAGGUGGGUGAUCAGAUGGGUGACGAAAACCAAUAAACACAACAGCAAUUUAAAGGUGGUUUUUCAUCCUUCAUGUGAGCCUUUCUUUCUUUUUUCAGGGAACAAUGGAGACUUCUUUGCUAUAGACAAGUUGUCUGGAAUUAUUACAGUGUCUCAGAAGCUGGAUCAGACCAAGCAAGAGAGAUUUGUUCUCACUGUAAAGGCCGAAGAUCAAGGGUUUCCACAACUGAAGGACUCUGCUACUGUGAACAUUUUUAUGAAGCCCUCUGAUGGCACACCUCCGCAGUUUUCAGAGGAGGAGUACGUUAUAGAGAUCAGUGAAUCUGCUGUUAUUGGCUCUCCUGUCAUCCUUGUUUCAGCCACGAGCCUUUCGUCUGUUACCUAUGAAGUAAAAGAAGGAGAUAAAGAUGGCUUAUUUUCCAUCAACUAUCAAUCUGGCCUUAUUUCAACACAAAGGAAUCUAGAUUUUGAGCGGGCUUCAUCUUAUCAGCUGAAGAUCCGUGGCACCAAUAUGGCAGGAGCAUUUAUGGAUGUUCUGGUGUUUGUUUAUGUCAUAGAUGAGAAUGACAAUGUGCCUAUCUUUUCUAAACCUUCCUUUGUUGGCCGGAUCAAUGAGAAUGUUCCAUUGGGAAGUAUGAUUAUGGAUGAAAACAAUGCGCCUCUCGUGAUUCAUGCGUCAGAUGCUGACCAAGAUUCUAAUGCCUUGUUGGUCUAUGAAAUUUUGCAGCCAGAGGCACUGGAUUUUUUCAAAAUUGAUCCAAGCAUGGGCACUCUUACUACUUGCGCAGAAAUUGAUUACGAGCGUGUCCCAGUUCAUCACUUCAAUGUCCAUGUGCGUGACAGUGGGAAACCCAAUUUAUUUGCUUCCAAACCCACUGAGGUCACCAUUUAUAUCAAGGAUGUUAAUGAUUGUCCUCCUGUGUUUACAAAAGAUAUUUAUGAACUUUCUGUAGGGCUUCCUGUCCAUCAUGGGAUGGAGAUUUAUACCGUACAUGCAGAAGAUGCGGACUCAGAGAUAGCCUACAGUAUACUAGAAGGGAAUCCUCAUCACGUUUUCUACAUUCAUCCAACAACUGGCCUCAUCUCUGUACUGAAUGCUACCACCUUAGAACGCUAUCAUGAACUCACAGUUAGAGCUGGAGAUGGUUUAUAUACAGCUAGUGCUAUGGUUAGGAUUAAUUUUAUUGAACCACAAGACAGCACCUUAAAAUUUGAUCAAGAUUUAUAUACAGCAACAGUGAAGGAAAACACCACAGAUAUCCAAACUCUGGUUGCUCUUGGUGUCAUUGGGAAUCAACUGAAUGAACCCCUCUUCUACUCCAUCAUGAAUGGCACAGAGAAGUUCAGGGUGAUCCAGUCUUCAGGAGUGCUACAGACCAAGGGCGUAGAAUUUGAUCGUGAAACUCAAGACACUUAUGAUAUUGCAGUGGAAGUAAAGGACAUUAGAAAUCCGCCAAGGGUGUCUCAAGCAAUGCUCAAAAUCUAUGUGGAUGACAUUAAUGACAAUGCACCCCAUUUUGAAAAUGUGCCAUAUUAUAUAGCUAUGCAGGACGGCACUGAGCCAGGUGAUGUCAUCUUUCAGGUUUCUGCCACUGACUGGGAUCUGGGGAAUAAUGGAGUCAUUUUUUAUUCCUUUGCAGAAGAUUACAAGUAUUUCCGGAUUGACCCUUACUUAGGGGACAUCUCACUCAAGAAACCCCUUGAUUUUCAAACUUUAAAUAAAUACAUACUAAAAGUAAUUGCCAGAGAUGCCGGUGAACCUCCCUUGUAUGCUGAAGAAGAGGUUCUGAUCAUGGUGAGGGACAAAUCCAACCCUCUCUUCCAAAGCCUCUUCUAUACUGUGAAAGUGCCUGAAAACAUUCCACUCUACACAUCUGUUCUCCACAUCCAGGCUCGGAGCCCUGAAGGCUUGCGUUUAAUAUACAACAUUGUGGAAGAAGGAGCUCUUAAACAUUUCAACAUUGACUUCAAGACCGGUGUGCUUAUGGUCACCAGCCAACUAGACUAUGAAUCUGACACAAAACAUGCCUUUACAGUCAGAGCUACAGACACAGCACUGGGUGCCUUUUCAGAAGCAAUGGUAGAAGUAGAGGUUGAGGACAUCAACGACAAUCCUCCUGAAUUCUCUCAGGUGGUUUAUACUGCGUCAGUCACCGAAGGCCUGCCAGCUCAGACCCCCGUCAUACAGCUCCUUGCUACUGACAGAGAUUCAGGGAGGAACAAAGUGGUUUCAUAUCAGAUCUUGGAAGACCGUUCAGACGCAUCAAAGUUAUUUAAUGUUGAUGCCAGCACAGGUGAAAUAACAACAACUCAAGUUCUAGAUUAUGAAGCCAACCAUGAAUUUCGCAUUAGAGUGAGAGCCACAGACCAUGGAAUGCCUCCUCUCAGCACUGAAGCCCUUGUGGUGAUCAGUGUGUUAGACAUCAAUGACAACCCACCCAAGUUCAGUCAGCUUCACUAUGAAGCCAAUGUGAGCGAAAUGGUCCCCUGUGGCCAUGUUGUGAUAAAAGUCCAGGCUUUUGACCCUGAUAGCGGGGACACCCAUAGAUUGGAAUAUCUAAUCCUUUCAGGGAAUGAGAAAAGGCAUUUCACCAUUGACAGCACUUCUGGAAUCAUUUCCACACUGAAUCGUUGCAAAAGGGACCUGGAGUCUUUUUACAACCUCAGAGUCUCUGCAUCAGAUGGCGUGUUUAAAACCACAGUGCCAGUAUACAUCAAUACCACAAAUGUAAAUAAAUACAGUCCAUCAUUUCAGCAGGAUGUAUAUGAAGCAGUAUUGGCUGAAAAUGCCAAGGUUGGAACCAAAGUGAUUGAAUUACUAGCCACUGACCCAGAUGAUGGUCCGUAUGGCACCGUAGAUUACACCAUCAUAAACAAGCUUGGCCAAGAGAAAUUUGCAAUAGAUGACAAGGGACGCAUUGAAACGCUGCAGAAGUUGGACAGAGAAAAUUCCACAGAGAGAGUUGUUGCUAUUAAAAUCAUGGCCAAGGACGGGGGAGGAAAGGUGGCAUUCUGUACUGUCAAAAUCAUACUCACAGAUGAAAAUGACAACCCGCCACAGUUCAAAGCUUCUGAAUACAUCUUGUCUAUCCAGUCCAAUGUGAGCAGAGGGUCACCAGUCAUUCAAGUACUAGCUUAUGAUGCUGAUGAAGGAGUGAAUGCUGACGUCACCUACUCUGUUGAUUCAGUGGAAGAGGUUAUUGCAGAGGAUGUGAUUGAGAUUAACACUGCAACUGGAGUUGUUCAAGUCAAAGAGAGUCUCCGCAGGCUAGAAAACAGGACAGUGAACUUCAAAAUCAAAGCUGAAGAUGCAGGACCUCCCAAUUGGAAUUCUGUGGUUCCAGUGAAUCUUCAAGUUGUUCCAAAGGAGGUGUCCUUGCCAAGGUUUUCUGAGCCACUAUACACCUUCUCAGCAUCUGAAGACCUCCCGGAGGGAUCCGAAAUAGGAUCAGUUAGUGCUGUGGCAGAGGACCCUGUCAUCUAUAGUUUGGUGAAAGGUACCACUGCCGAAAGCAAUAAAGAGGGGAUAUUUGCUUUGGAUAAACGAACAGGCACCUUGACUAUUGAAAAGGCAAUGGAUCAUGAGAAGAUGAAAUGGUACCAGAUUGAUGUUUUGGCUCACUGCUCACACCAGGAUACUGACUUGGUCUCUUUGGUGUCCAUCAACAUCCAUGUAAAAGAUGUCAAUGACAACAAGCCUAUUUUUGAGGCUGAUCCUUACAGGGCCUUUGUAAUGGAGAACAUGCCACCAGGAACUACUGUGAUUCAGGUCACUGCCAAUGAUCAAGAUACUGGAAGUGAUGGGCAAGUGAGCUAUAGCUUAGGAUCAGAACCAAGCAACAUCAGAGAGCUCUUCACCAUUGACAGUGAAAGUGGUUGGAUCAUGACUCUUAAAGAGCUAGAUUGUGAGGUUCAAGAAACCUACCAGUUUUUUGUUGUGGCGUCAGACCAUGGUAGGAAACACCAGCUUUCUUCUCAAGCCCUUGUGGUGGUCACCAUAACUGAUGAAAAUGACAAUGCUCCACAGUUCACCUCUGAAAUCUACAAAGGAUCCGUGGUUGAGAACGCUGAGCCUGGGCAAAUGAUCACCACACUUAGAACAGUAGACAAUGAUAUUUCAGAGCAGAACAGACAAGUCACAUGUUACAUCACUGGUAAGAACCUAUCUCUCCUAACAUUUUGAUAAAAUAGAAUACAACUUGUUUUCUGGUAGGUUUGCUUGACUUUGAGAAGCACCUUAUCCGACAAUUAGUCUUGCUGAAAUCUCUGCAGCUGAUAAUAUUAUUAUCUAUUAUUUAUUAACUAAGGACCACAUAAUGCAACAUGUUUCAAAUCAAAUUUUCAAAUCAUGAAAAUUACAUGCCAGCAUUGCCUGGAAGGACAACCCUUUGAAAUCAGAGAACUCAAAAGCAAUCCCUAGCUCCUUCCUAAGCCACAUUAUGCUCCCCUUUCUCCUCCUCAUGCUGUUCUGCGAGAUUCCCUCAGGGCGUGAGAGGCGGCAACUGGAAAGCCCCAUCGCAGAAGUGGGCUUCUGGUAGUCGAGCUCAUUAGCUGAAUCUUGCCCAUAUAGUCUUAAUAUAGCAGUUUUGAUUCUGCUCAGAGUCAAGUACAUAGAUGAAGUCAGUGGGGCAGCGUGUUCAUUAUAACUAGGGCAAACAAAUUUUCUUGACAUCCCACACAGAGGAAUGAGACUUAAGAGACACAGGAUACAAUCCUAUACUUUGUUGGAGUAAGUCCCAUUCAACUUAAUGUAGCUUACUUCUGAGUAUGCAUGCAAAGGAUGGCAAUGUCAGGGUGCUUGUCUCCUUUCUUUACCUCUUCCCCUUAAACUCUUAGUUUUUUGGGGGGGUUGUUGUUGUUUUGUUUUACUUUGUAUUGUCUUCAAUUAUGAUGCCUUCUCUGCCUUAUCAGAAGGAGAUAUCUUGGGACAGUUCAGCGUUGCUGAGGUUGAUGGAGAAUGGAAGGUUUUUUCCAAGAAGCUUCUGGACAGGGAAGAAAGAGAAAAAUAUCUGCUCAAAGUCAUGGUAUCUGAUGGAAAGUUUCAAGCAGCAACAGAAGUGGAGAUUUUAGUCCUUGAUGUCAAUGAUAACAGCCCUGAAUGCAAGCAGGUGAUUGUGUAUGUCUAUAAAGUUGUGAUCUCCUCGUCCACACACACACACACACACACACAGAGAGAGAGAGAGAGAGAGAGAGAGAGAGAGAGAGAGAGAGAACCCCACACCACUAGCUGUGUGCCAAUUUGGAACCAAAGCUGACCUGGAGAAGCCACCUUGUAAGGUGGGACAAUCCCUUGAGCAAUUACAUGUUGGCAGUGUUGAGUCAUCCCAUUCCUCUUGUUUAGAAGUACUGUGACAUGUGUUGUGAUUCUGUUGCCUCGUACCUGACUGGGGGAGAAGGAGGAGGCAAUAUAAAAUAGUUCAAGAUGGAGAAGAUGGAGAAUAGCAAAACAGAGCAGAAUUGCACUCUUUGUACAAACUAUGGCCUCUUUAUAUUUUUGAUGGUUCUGGAUAUCAAAAUGGUAGCUGCACAGGGUAAGGAAUCAUAAAUGCAUGGAAUUGCACUCUCAUAGAAAACUUGCCCCAGAGAAAAACUAGGUUGAAAGUGAUUAGAUAUGAUUUAGGUCAGGCAUCCCCAAACUCAGCCCUCCAGAUGUUUUGGGACUACAAUUCCCAUCAUCCCUAGCUAACAGGACCAGUGGUCGGGGAUGAUGGGAAUUGUAGUCCCAUAACAUCUGGAGGGCCGAGUUUGGAGGUGCCUGAUUUAGGUCCUUUAUGAGUAUUAGAUGAUGAGGAUUCACUGGCCUUAUUUAACGAACAGUUGCAGGAGUGAGUGGUCUGCGGGGAGGUGUUCCAUCAUAUACAGUGGUACCUUGGGUUACAGACGCUUUAGGUUACAGACGCUUCAGGUUACAGACUCUGCUAACCCAGAAAUAGUACCUUGGGUUAAGAACUUUGCUUCAGGAUGAGAACAGAAAUUGUGCGGUGGCGGCGCAGCAGCAGCAGCAGCAGGAAGCCCCAUUAGCUAAAGUGGUGCUUCAGGUUAAGAACCGUUUCAGGUUAAGAACAGACCUUCAGAAUGAAUUAAGUUCUUAACCCGAGGUACCACUGUACCUGGCCUUUCAGCAGCUGUGCCAGUACCACUUACCAGGAGGAAGAGAGGGAAGGGUGACAUUGUGGGAGGGUGGCCCUGCAUGGGUGCACAAACAGAAGCAAUCCAGUGCUCCUUGCACUGUGUCUGCACAGCGCAUAUCUCCCUGCUGCACUGCCCUCUCGCAGUGACACCAGAACUGGGAGGCUGGGUACUCCUGAGCAGCUAUGCUCCUUGGAAUUUUGUAACUGUUUCCCUUUUCUUACUCUGCCUAGGACACACAAUGUGGUAAGGAUGGCAGAGGCUGAUCUAUGGCUGUUUGUAUUUAUAGCCUAUAUAUGUAGCUCAUUCUUCUUUUAGAAAGCUUGAAGCAUCUUUCAUUAGGAUUCCAGUGGUCUUCUUCUCUCUAGGUCCGCAUUUCCUUAGCUUCACCAUUUGCUAUAGCAAAGUCAACCAGGCCAAUACAUAUGCCUGUGGGUGCAUAGCCUUGACUUCAGGCAUCGGGGUUGAACUAGAUCGGUUCAGCUAAUGCAAGAAAUGACCAUUCCAUCACUAUUCUGAAUCCCGGCACCUGUUAAUGGAGUGGACCACUUCAGCAAGGCAUUUCAGUUGGAAUGAAGUCAGUCUUUUCACUUGAAAACAUUCUUUCUUUUCAUUCCAGAGACCGUAUGAAGAGAGAAUUUCAGAAGAUGCACCUCAAGGGUUUUCUAUUUUGAAAGUGUCAGCCACAGAUGUUGAUGUUGGUAGCAAUGGCCAAAUCAUCUAUAGUCUCCAUGGAUCUGGUGCUGAUGAGUUCAGAUUAGACCCCCAUACAGGUAAGAUGGGCAUCUUCCUCAACCCUCCGGGGUAUCCCUGACUCUCAUUCCCACUCUUUGAACAUACAUUAGAGAUCAGAAUAUUGUCCCUGUGUGCUAGCCUUCCCCAACAUGGUUCCCUUCUGAUGUUUUGGACUUCAACUCCCAUCAGCCCCAGUCAGCAUGUGUUGUGGAGCAGCAUUUUGAAUAUCCACCACACGUGGGUAUAGCCUGUCAAGAAAAUACAAUUAGUAUUCAUUCACAAUUUUGCUGGAACACCUUUAAGCCCACAAACCAUGCCUAAUUAAUUACUCUUUAAUGUUGUCUUUAUACCGCAAUGAAUUUAAGUUACAUAAGGGCAGUUGAUGUUAUAUAAAUAAUUGUGCUGAUCUUGUUAAUGAGCAGACAGUGGGAUAAAUAAUGUAGUAUUUGUUGAAAACUGAAUUGCAACAGAAUAGAAACAGCGCUGAUUGUGAAGAAUACACGUCAGAAUGGAAAUUGUUGCCUUCUGGCAUCCCUGGCCUGGAUUUAUAUUAUUUUCAGAAUAUUCCCACAUGGUAUGAGCUCUUGAAGGAGGUGAUUUUUCAGUAGUAUAAUAUCUAGUAAGGUCUAUUUCUAAAGAGACUGGUACAUGCUGUCCAUAAUUCUCUGCACCAGUCCAAGAGAGAAUAGCAUACUCAGGCAACUCUGCAGAGCAGAGAAGGCUAUCGGCUAUUAAAUAUGAGUUCCAAAGCCUGGAGCCUUUUUUUUUUUUAAUGUUUAGGUAAGCAUGCAUGUUUUAUCAAUUUAAAAGCUCAGGAUUCCAUGGAACCUGCCCCGUAUUUAUGUCUUUAUUCAUUCUGAUCAUUCCCACGUCAGGGGAGCUGACCACUUCUUCAUUACUUGACCGGGAGCUGAAGCCCAAGUACCAGCUUGUUGCCAAGGCAACAGAUGGAGGAGGACGUUUUUGCCAGGUGGGCAUAACUGUGGACCUAGAGGAUACAAACGACAAUGCUCCCAGGUUCUUUCCCGGUCAUUGUGCAGUAGCUGUCUUUGAUAACACCACAGUAAAGACUCCCGUGGCAGUUGUCUCCGCAAGGGACCCUGAUGAAGGUGAGACAAAAUGUGGUGUUUAUUGCAAGUUUAUAGUACAAACAGAUCAAUGUUUUUGGCAAAUGAAGAAAAUAUAUCAUUCAUGAGUAACUUAAUUUUAAGUAUCUUGAGUGUUUUCUGUAAUCUUGUUAAGAUAUUUAUGUAUGUGUUUAUUUAUUUUGUUAAUGAACCACUUCCCAUGAAGCAUCCCAAAGCAAUUUAAUGAUUAAAGAGAGAGAGAGAGAGAUUGAGAGUUCAGGAUAGGAACUAUCCAGGAUAGUUAGGAAGACAUCUCAUAGGCAAGCACCUAUUUGAUGGACCAUUGACAGAUUUGUGCAAAUAUGAUGUGGAAAUCAAAUGCUACUGAAAUUUGAGUUUCAAUUUUAGCUAUGCCUAGAUAGAUUAAUGGGAAAUUCUUUCUGCAGUGUCUUCAGCCUCUCGGAUUAUAAUAUAUUUCAAGUAUGUCUUCUUUGAAGUUAAUUACUAUUUUCCAAAAUUUUCUGACUUUUAAACUUUCCUACCAGAGACGAAGAAGCUCUCCCUAUUCACACCAUUGCAAAACCAGUUAUUUGCUGUUUCCAAUCAGCUUAUAAAUCUGCGGCAUGGUUUUAUUUUUAUUUUUUUUAAUCUAAACAGAUGGAAAAACCUGAUCUUUAUUCAGCAGAAACACCCAUGCUGCCUAUAGAGUAGUUUGCUGCAGAUCAUUUUUCUCAUUUAUUAUGGAGGAUUUAACCCCCAGGUGAUCCAAAGUUAUUAAAAAAUGAUAUCAUCUGGAAGGAUUCCACUUCUUUUUGAUCAUAAUUGUUUCUUGCAAAGAAACAUGAAUCUUAGAAUCUGAUUUGCCCCGUUUUGUUCCAUGACAAUACGCCUAACCUGCAAGCACUUGCAAAAUUAAACACAGUAACCUUCCACUCUUCAUCAAAUAAUAACAAAACGCAAUCUAUAACGUCCACAUAAACCUAUAAUUUAUGCUAUUUUCAGGAAGCACUGCCACCUACUCCAGGUUAAAGCCUGGAUCUCCGAUUAUUAAGGCAAGAAAUGAGAUGCUAGAUAUGCUUGUUUCCCAUGUAUUAAAUAAUGAUGGAAAUGAAAUGGUCUUUCCUGUAAUAUUUCUGUCUCUUGUGGGUCCACCCUUCCCCCCAGGUCUUAAUGCAGAAGUUGUCUAUGCUCUUCCUGAGUCAGCUAAUGGCCACUUUUCAAUAGAGGAGGCAACUGGUGUGAUCCGGCUGGAGAAGCCUCUAAAAGAAUCACAGGUGACGGCGCUGGAGCUCACCGUGUGUGCCACAGACAGGGGUUUUCCACGCUCCCUCUCCUCCUUUGCUACUGUCACCGUCUCAGUAGUGGAUCUGAAGGAAUAUCUGCCGGUGUUCCUGGAUACGGAAUACGUGGUUGUGGUACAGGAAGACGUGGCUGUUGGCACAGAGAUUCUGAAUCUGUCUUCAUUAACAAGGGAUAGUGCUCAGGGCACCGAGAUCAAGUAUGAAAUUAUGAAUGGAAAUGAUCAUGGGAAAUUCAGGCUCCAUUCCAGCACAGGUAAGUGGGCUAUUUACUCAACAGGCAAAAUAAGCCAAUGAUACUUUCACUCUUCUGUAAAUUGGCUUCUCCUGUCUAUCCCAGGUGCUUCUCUUGCACUCUGCAGUUAAUUCCCCUGGUCCCUUUCCAUACAGAUCUGACCACAAAUCUAUCAACAAUGCAGAGCGAUGGUUUUAUAGGGUGGGGGAAUGGAAAAAGUAGUGGUUGUUCUGUUCUCACUCAAAAAUACAGCAGUAAAUUUUGGUCACCUUUGAAUGGAAAUGUUGCUUUAUCUGAAAUAGUUAUAUUUGCUUGUGAGGUAGCCACCCAUCCCUUUAGUUUGUAUAGCUAGUAUGUUGGUUGUCCGGUGUUCAAAACGUUUCUUGUCCCUGUAUGCAGGCAUAUUAUAUGUUAAUGGAAGCCUGGAUUUUGAAGUUAGCCAUGAAUAUUACUUGUCUAUCGAGGGUAUAAGAAAGGGCUCUGCUUCUCUCAGUGACAUCACCAUGGUUGUGAUCAACGUCACGGAUAUAAAUGACCACGGGCCAAUGUUCAGCCAAGACCCGUACAUUGCCGACAUCCGUGAAGAUGCAGCUGUUGGUGAAAUGGUGCUCACGGUAAGAAAUAGCAUGGGACUUCACUACUGCAUUUUGGCCACAGACUCUGCCACUAUAGUUUUGUGUUCUAAUGGCCUCUGUGGAGGAAAACACAGUGGGCAGAGCACAGGAUUAUUACUAGAAGAUGAGCCUUUGUCCUGGUGUAAUAAUGGAUGCAGUAAAUGGGAGAAGUGGGAAAAGGCAGUGGGGAAAGAUGCUGUUAGGCAUAUUAGCUGAUAGCCAUCUCCAUUCAUCAUCAUCAGACCAGGCACAAUAUUGGUACAUAUUGGUACAUAAAGAGAAACAUUUAAAAGCAGCCAUUACUGGCCUGGUUUGCAUCUAACAUCUUUAACAAACCAUGAGUGGUUCCGCAGACUAUCAAACAAGCCAUAGCUUGCUUCUCCAAAGUUGGGGUUAUUUUCCAGCUGCUCUUGCCUUGUGACUUUGCAGCUUGUCAAGCCUCUGGGUGGCCAAAGAAACCAUGGUUAAGGAAGAAUGUUGGGCUCAUGCAUAGCACCAAGCCAUAGUUAAAAUGAACCAGGGUUCAUGGAGCAACACCAAACCAUGGUUUCAGAUUGAGGUUUUUCUGGCAGAAAACAAACCAUAGUUAGUGAGCAGGGUUCACACAUAAAGCUAAAGCCAAGGCAUAAUUUAGGGUUGUGUGAGAAUCAGGCCACUGAGUUUAUAUUAGUGAUCAGCCCAAUAUUUGACACCUUUUAAAUAGGCUGGUAUGGGCUUUGGCAUUACACAGAGGAAAUAGCAACACCUCCAAACAGGACUAUCAUUUCCUAGGGUUACACACACACAAUCUGCCCCAUGGCUUUGAUCCAUGCUCCCCCCCCCCAAUCAGGCCAACCCAACCCACCCAUUUUGCUUAUUUUAGUGAAACCUUCACAAGUUGUCCAAGAGAUAAUGCUUCUUUCCUGCUAAAGGUUGCUGGUGGUAAUAACUCAGCUCUUUUUCUCUCUACAGGUUCUAGCAGAUGACAAGGAUGGGUUGAUGAACAACCAGGUCACAUACUCAAUUGUGGUAGGGAAUCCACUGGGCCAUUUCAUCAUUGAUCCCAAAGGUGGACAGAUCCAUAUUGCCAAGCACCUGGACAGAGAAGAAGUGAGUGACAGAUUCAGUGGGAGUGAGGCUAAGAUGUGUUAGGGUUUAAUACUGAAUAAUUAAACUACUGGCAACACAUCCACAAGACAAAAGAGGAACUUUUUCAAAAUGACAAUGGAAGUUAAUGGUGCCCACCUGCUGAACAUGUUCAUAAUACUAUAAAAUGUGAUAGUCAAUAAGAAAGGGUAGCUUAACAUUCACUGAGCAUAGAAAUCAAUAUGAAGGCUACUUUGAAUGUGCAGUAAGAGCUGCUGUUUAAAUGGGCGGGCAGGAGCAUUCAGUGGUUAGAAUACCCAUAUUUGUGGUUUCUUGACUUGGUGUAUAAGCCUAAUCUCAUCUACAUCCUCCACCCUUGCUUCACCGUCUGUGAGUUGUGAUCUCUGUUUAUAAAAUAAGGGUAAUGUAGUUAUCUUAAUUUAUUUUUAUUUUUUACAUUUUAUUUACAGGCUUUUACAAUAAACAGAACAAAAAUAAAAAUAAAUCACAAUCAUUCUUGAUUCCCCUUCCCCUCUUUCUGUGGUUCCUUGUUUAUAUUUUAAUUUACUGCAUAUCCAAAUUUACUACUGAUUGACUGACAUGGACUUAGAACUGAUCAACCCUGAAAGUCUUAGUGAAGUAGAAGGCACUUAUAAUAUUAGGCCAUAAAUGAUACUUUACUUAAUCUUUAUUUAAUGUGUAUUGGAAUAACCAAGCUCCUUGGUACAUGCGUUAUAUCUUCUAGAUAUCCAGCUAUUCUCUCAAAGUCCGAGCCACUGACAAUGGACAGGUGCCUUUUUUCAAUGACACCACUGUACUCAUUCGGGUGUCUGAUGUCAAUGAUAACCCACCCAGGUUCUUUCAGCUCAAUUACAGUGUGACUGUUCAGGUAAAGUAUCAAUUCCAAAGCAUCAUCCUUACCCGAUUAGUCUUUUUCAAAGAUAAUCCUAAGAGUUGCCAUGUUAAUCACAGGGUUUCCUAUAGGCUAAGAGGCAACUCAAGAUUUCCAGUAAUUAUUUAAAAAAACCAAUCCGGUGAAAUUUCAGGAAUAUUUCAUUCUACAUAGCCCUUGAGUUUAACUGGAUUUGAAGAUAUUAACUGUGUUGCAGUAUUCACAUUUGGCCAGAAGAUUCUUUAUAGCAUAAUUACCAAAAUAUCUCUUAACAUUUAAAGAAGUAUACAAAGUGGGACAUUUUAUUAUGCUCAUGUGCUCUGCACAUUCAUAACCCUAGCACUUUUUGUUUCUGUUUUUGUGAUGACCUUUGACCAAAGCUGUAGCUGCAAAUGAACCUUGAACCUGUAAGCCCACUUGGCCAUUCUGUAACUAGCUAGACAACUGGUCUUUCUCUAACUUUUUUCUCUGAACGUUUCAGGAGAACUCUCCAGUUGGCAGUAGUGUCCUGGAGUUCAUCAUGAGCGACAGAGACUCCCCAGAGAACGGUCCUCCAUAUUCUUUCCAGAUCACUGAAGGGAAUGAUGGAAAGGCAUUCCAGAUCAAUCAGGAUGGAGUGUUGCUGACAUCAUCCAUCCUGAACAGAAGAACAAAAGAACAAUAUCUUCUGCAAGUCCAGGUAGAUCCAUCUUAGGCUCAAAUCACACAUUACGUGGGAGGAUUCUGAGUGGCUCUCCCAGCAAUUUUUUUAUAAAUGAAAUGGAGUCACAGGGCUGGAGAGCUGCCAGUUUCUUUAGACUUAGAGCAGCAAUGCUGACUAAGGGGCCAUUUCUCACAUCAAAAGUGCACCUGUUUGUUCUGCUGAGAGAAAGCUACAAGUACCUUACAGAGCAAACAGCAGCUUGGAAGUGUGUGUUUUGAUUGCAAAAUCACACUAAUGGUUGGGUUAAAUAGCCGCUUCCCCAGUGCCACUGCUCCAACAGCAUUGGUAACCCACACAGAAAGACCCUUUGGUAACCCACACCUUUAAACAAACAUUCCCCACAAAAUACUUAGCCUUGAAUAAAUUACAGACACUCAGCUUUGCAAGUGACUAUUUUGCCCACAGAAUUUCAGAAGUUACAACAUAAAUGUCUCCAUCUGUCGGCAGUAAAAUAAAGAUGGAAAAAUGGUUCCAAACAACUUAAAAAUAAAAGCACUUGGUUUUCUUCCUUCCUUUGUUGGGUUAGCAAAGAUGCUGGUUAUAAAAUCUCCAUUUAGAGAGAUUCAGUUCACUUGCAGGGAGCCAUGGCCGCAUGGCUCCUUCUUCCAGGAAGCUCAAAGAGAGAGGAAACAAAAGGCUGCCGGGAGCCUGCUAAACUCCACUCCCACUGGCAACCUGAACUCAGAUUAACCCUUUCAUUAUGCAAGUGUGAGCCGUUAACUGUAUAUUACAUCAUUUCUUACCUUGAGGAGGAGACGGAGGCAUGCUAGCAACACGCUGAGCACAAGUGUUAGUGCAAAGUUGUAAACAUCUGCUGGAUUUCCCUCAAUAGGUCACAGACAGUGGUAUCCCUCCUCUCUCUUCAUCUGCAUUUGUAAACAUCCGGGUGACGCAGCAAAGCAGAUAUCCACCUUCAGCCCUCUCUCUAGAGAUUUUCAUCAGUACUAAUGAAAGAGCAUUCCGCGGUGGGGUUCUUGGCAAAAUCCAUGCCACAGAUCGAGACCCUCACGACACUCUGCUGUACACUCUGGAGUCGGAAGGGCCGGAAAAGAGACACUUCUCCGUGGGGGCUGCAGAUGGGAAGAUAAUUGCAGACGAAAGUCUCCCACACGGUCACUAUGCCCUGAAUGUCACUGUCAGUGAUGGGACCUUUGCAGCCACAACCAGCGUCCACAUCCACGUGUGGUCCUUCAGCCAGGAAGCUGUGGAUAAGGCGGUGGUGCUGCACUUCCGCCACCUCACCCCCGAGGAGUUUAUAGGCGAUCACUGGCGCAACUUGCAAAGGUUUCUGGGAAGCAUCUUUGAAACCAGGCGGCAGAACAUCCACAUGGCUAGCUUGCAGCCUUCAGGUGCUACCAGUGGAGUGGACCUUCUGCUGGCCAUUGGGGAGCCUCAUCAUCCAUUCUUUCAGCCCAGCUUCCUUGCUAACCGGAUUUCUGAGUCAGCUGAAGAGAUGGACCAGCGAGUAGGGCUGAAGAUGAAGAAGGUGACUCAUGUCCCAUGCCAGGAGGGGGGUUGUACCACUCAGCGCGCUUGCAGGGAGACAAUGCAGCUUGACCCGGGCAUGGUGUUCACUUACAGUACCGCCCGACUCAGCGUCCUCACUCCUCGGCACAGUUUGGAACAAAUGUGCUCUUGCAAUGGUGAGAAAGUCUUCUGAUAAAUCACCUCCUUGAAAGUAGUUCAGGGUUUUCUGUUGGUGUCCUUUUUGAACAUUGUAGAAUGCCCUGCAUGUUUUGUUUCUUAAAACACACACACACCUUUCUUGCAUCUUUGUCGUUCAGACCAAAAAUAAUGUCUUUCCAAAAACUCAGAAAAUAGCUACUCCACCCCCAAACUAACCUGUAGCUCAGUGGCAGAGCCUACACCUUGCAUGCAGGUGGUCCCAGAUUCAAUCCCUGGUAUCCCUAGAUAGGGUUGGAAAUCCCUCCCAUACAAAACCCUGGACAUCUGCUGCCAAUCAGCUGAGCUAGAUAAACCAACCGUCAGACUCCAAAGAAGUCAGCUUCCUAUGUAGUCACUGGAAGCACAACAGGGUCCAAUCCUUCCCCCUGCCCUCCUGUGAAAUCCCUGUGAAACCUACCUGCUUGCCUUGUUCUCCCCAGUUUCUUUCCCAUACACCCAUUUCCUUGCACUGUUGCUCCAGCAGCAGUGGACCGGUGGGCCAGGGAAUUUGGUAUUUCCCUGCUCCAUCUCAGAUACUUGGCAUGCUGCUACACCUAGUGUUGCUUCAACUAGGUGUGUUUUUCACAAUGCAAGAGGCUUUUGAUGGCAUCUGUCUGUCUCAAGAUGCAAUGGAAGACUGCGCCACCAGGGAUAAAAUCCAGCUGUUUGAGAGUGGCUGUGGCUGUAGAUCAGUAUGGGAGAGAGGUGUUUUAUGGCAGCAGGGGCAGAUGAAAGCCUCUGGAAAUUAAUUUUUGAGACUGUCAUCCAGUAGAAAAUGUGAAUUUUGAUGGCUUCACUGCCUGUCUGAUGCACUUUUGUGAUGUGGAAUGCAAGGGAUGUUCAUUAAAACCCCUGUGAUGUUGUGCCUUGGGGAAGCAGAGCUGGCGUAGCCUUACAGCUAAAGAAACUGAGCUCUGAAUCAGGGUGUCCCUAGUUCAAAUCUCACCUCUGCCAUGACUUGCUAGGUAGACUUAGGCAAGCUACACUCUCUCAGUCCUCCCGCCUGCAAUACUGGGGGCAGCAAUAUUGGCUUCCUUUAUUGCAUGGAUCUGGUCAUGCAUGUCCAAAUCACACUCAAAAGUAAAUAAAUGUGAAGUAUUAUUAUUAAGUAUCACUAUAGAUCAUUUUCAGGAUAAAGAAUGCAUAGAACUAGAAGAGUACUGUAUGAUGUCCUGUUUCUGAAAACAGCCUUUUUUAAACUUUCGUUUCCAGGUACAGCUUUGAAGUUCAGUGGACACAGCUACAUAUGGUACCACCACCAAGGUAAAAGGGAUUGGCAAAUGCAGUUCCACUUGAAAACCCAUCAGCUCCAUGCCGUCCUGCUCACUACCAAUGGAACCAACAGCGCAGUUCUGCAGGUAGGAAUUGUGGAUCCUUACAUCCUCCACUACCACUACCCUGCAACCCAAGGAAGCAGGCACAAUGUCCUUCCUCAUCUCAAAUGUAGAGCACCUACAUAUAUAGCUCAGUUGGUUAGAGUGUGGUGCUAAUAACACCAAGAUUACAGCUUUGAUCCUUGCAAAGGACACCUGCAUAUUCCUACAUUGCGGGGCAUUGGACGAUGAUUCUCAGGGUCCCUUCCAACUCUUUGAUUCUAUAUGUAGAGGUGCACUUUGCAACAACAACAAAAGGAGGGGGAGGCCAAAAAACCAACCAUUGUGGUUUCUUGAGAAGUCAGUAAGUUUCCAUCUUUAUUUAAAGAAGUAUAUCUACUUAUAAAAGUAAUAUCAUUGUGGUGUACGAUAAAAUCAUUAAAACAUAAUAGAAUUAUAAAAUCACAAUAUACAGAACAAACGGUCAACAGUGAACCAAAUUAAUUCUCCAAUUACAACUGCCUGUUUUCAGCAGACAAUGAAAUAACUAAAAUUGUAGGUGCCCCUCUGGUUUCAGCAGGAACAGUGUACCAGAAUCCUGGUGCCACUGUACUAAAGGCCUUAGUUCAUGUAGAAGCUAAACAAAUAUGUGAUAACUUUGGGACAUCAGGCUUUAUACAGAUUAUACCAGUCUUAACUUGGUAAUGAACUGGCAAUCAAUGCAGAGCUUUCAGUAUCAGGGUAUCCUGCCAAUUCAAUGAACUUAUGAACUUGGGAAGCCUCAGGGCUUCCAUUUCACCAUGAUUCGAGUUCAUGGUUCAGUUCCUCUCAUCCUGGCCACACAGGAAACAGCAAUCAUCAAUUCCACAGGCUGCCAUAAUUAUCUCAAUACAUAUCUGUGUCUUUCAAGUGGAGAUGUGCUGAAAUAUAGUGUCAUGGGCCAUGUGGUUGAUCUGGAUGAAUGAAUAAGCUUCUCACAUUUGGGGUCAAAACUGAUGUGGUGCAAGAGACUGUCAUCUGCUCACCCUGUUAACAUAGGAACAUAGAAAGCUACCUUACGCUGAGUGAGAUCAUUGGUCCAUCUACCUCAGUGUUGUCUACACUGAUUGGCCACAGAUCUCCAGGUGGAGGAAAUAUGUUUCAGGCAGAAGAUAUUCCCAGCCCUACCUGGAGAUGCUGAGGAUUGAACUAGCAUGCAAGGAGAUGGCCUACCACUGAGCUAUGGCCCUUGUCUACAUAUCGAGCACCUGAUUUAAUCAACAGAGCAGUGCUGAGGGAAUGGGAACUUCACCCCUUCCCACCCCAUGUGUUCCCAUUCAGCCUGAACCUACUGUUAACCCCACUGUGGGGUUGAAGGGACAGGCAUCAUCCAUGAAGUCUAUGGGGGCUUUUUACCUUCACCAUCCACUUUCUUAAACAACACUCAUACAAUUGCUUAAACUGAAUUAGGUGCUAAUCUUCAAGACAAAAUUUGCACAUUCAGUUCGCACAAUUAUGGUGGAUCUGCAGAGGUUGCACAACAAACCUAUUCCCCAAAAAUAUCAGACUUCUUGUGAUAAGGAAAGUAAUGGGAAAGACACUGGGAGGUGUGAGGAACGCUUGCCUUGAUGCAACAUCAGCAAACAGAUUGGAAUGAAUGCUUGUUAAAUAGCCAGCAUUGGCUAAUCUUCAUGCAGGAAAAAAAGAAUGACUGCUCAACAAAAUGGCUGUCUGGUCUCCUACGCAGCAUUCAAUGAAAAAUAACAUGCUUAACGGGCAUGAGGUUGGAAAUAUUGAAUAUCCUUUGAUGAUUCAUAAGAGAAGAAGGCAGCCACAGAAUUGCCUCCUACAUUUCUAACACUCAGGAGCCAUUGGAUAAAGAUGAAUAGGCAAAGCGCUCAGCUAAUUAUAGCUAGUCAGGUAGUCUGAUGACAGUUUAUAAUAAUUACUACACAUAAUUCAUUAGCUUUUAAUGAUCUAGCCUGUUUACACAAUGAGUCUGAGAUAAAAAAACACCUCGCGCAUCUUGUUGCUGUUUUUCUCGCACAUCUCCUAAUAGUUUUAUCUUUUUGGAUGAAACACUUUGCUGGAUGGAAGACUGUCACUUAUUGUGGGACAGAAUCCCCCCAAUUUCUCGAUCCUGGUCUAGCUCUGGCUUUUCAUACUGAAAUUGGUGGAAUUAGAGAGAUGCUUAGCACUUUUGGAAAUCCAGUUCCACAGGUUUUCCUAGCGCUGGCUAUCACAGGCACAGCCUCUAAGCUGAGGUCUCCGUUUAGUUGUUUCACCACAAUUUUAAUUAACUUCUUAUCUUUGUUUUUAUGUGAUCCAUAGCUUGUGUUUUUAUUAGUAAUGGUUCAGAUUUGACAGAUAACAUUUAUUUUAUGUAUUUUAGUGGUUUUGGUGUAUCUUGGUGGCUUUAGGAGGAUCACAGGAUUGUUUACAGUAGAAAAACACAAAAAUACACAAUAUAACAACAAACAAAACAAUACCCUGCCUCAGUUUAAAAGGCUGUGUAGAUUGUUUAAUUAGCCAAAGGCCUGGGAGAAGAAAAAUGUUUCCACCUGGUGCCUAAAGAUAAGUACGAAGGCACCAGGCGAGCCUCCCUGGGGAGGGAAUUCUACAAAUGGGGGGCCACUGCAGAAAAGGCCUGUUCUCAUGUUGCCACCCUCCGAACCUAUCAUGGAGAAGGCACAUGAAGAAGAGCCUCAGAUUAUGAUGACAGAAUCCAGGUCAGUUCAUACGAGGAGAGGCGAUCCUUGAGGUAGUGAGGUCCUGAGCUGUUUAAGGCUUUAUAGGACAAAACCAGCCCUUUGAAUUGGGCCCAGAAACUAAUUUGCAGCCAGUGCAGUUGGGCCAGGAUUGGCAUUAUAUGCUCAAACCAUCUUGCCCGGGUAAGCAACCUGGCUGCUGAAUUCUGCCCCAGCUGAAGUUUCCAGACUGUCUUCAGAGGCAGCCCCAAGUAUAACUCAUUGCAGUAAUCUAACCUAGAGGUGAUGACCCAAGUCUUCAUUGACCUAUGCGUUAAUUCAGGGGUCAGCAAGGUUUACUGGCCAUGGGCCUGAUCACUCCCACGGAGAUUGUCUGUGGGCCAGACUGGCGCAGCGUGACGCCAGAAAUUGCGUCUGCGCAUGUCCGUGGCACCGCAAAUCACUUCUGCACAUGCCCAGACACUGAAAAUUGCACCUGCGCAGAAGCGAUUUUUGGUGUCUGGACAUGCGCAGAUGCGAUUUCUGGUAUCUGCACGUGUGCAGACGCGAUUUCUGGCACUGCUCGGCAAGUCCCCUGCACCGUGCUGUGCCGAUUUAGCGCAGCAUGUGGGGGAUUCACCGAGUGGGCGGCUCGGUUCGGGGGCGGCUCGUGGGCUGGUAAAACAGUCUUUGUGGGCCGCAUGUUGCCGACCCCUGCUUUAGCUGAUGACAGGCAUUUUUUCAGGGUCAUCCUACAUGACUUACUCCUUGAUGAACAGCCCAUGUGAAAGAAGAAGAGACUUAGUCAAGCACCAACAUGUGCUUAUAUUUCUCUUGAUGAGUUUCAUCACUCAAGACAUCUAGCCAGAAGCAGGAACAUUUUAAUCUGAUAUCAUUCCCUUUUCUUUCUUUUUUGGCUGUACUUUUAGAAUCUUUAUGGAAUUCAAAGGUGUGCUCACUGCUUCUCCCUUGGCAGCAGAGGAAGAACUUCACCCUCCAGAUACAGUUUUCUUUUUAUUUGAUGGUCCUUGGUUGAGUUUAAUGCACCUUGAUGCAGAAAGAGGAGCUUUUAACUUACUGAUUCUAAAAUUUUAAUAUAUCUUUCGCCAUUACUACAGCACAGCACUUAGCAGAGGAAACAAAUUACUUUAAAAUUACCUUUGAAUCCCUUGGCCCAUUUGUUUAGUUUAAAAAAACCACACAGCUAUUUUACUCAUUUUAAUACUUCAGUGCACAAUCUGUCCUAAGCACAUUUAAAUCCCAUUGAUUUCAACAGGAGAAUGAAGCAGUCUGCUUGGCUGACAUCAGCAGCAUCUUAAAGUGAUUAACUUUGGUCAAAUUGUAUCUUUAUGGUUGUUCUAUCAUUCACUCCUUGAAAUAGAUUCCCCCCCCCUUCCUUUCACCCUCCCAACAUCUUGCAAACCAACAGCUUUCCUCCACAGCUAUUUACAUCACAUUCUGUGAGCAAAGCUGUUCAGCGUGGCUCAUAAAUGGUAUAAAACAUAUGAAAUUAAAAUAAUGUUAUAAAGGCACAAAGGCACAGCCAACAAUCAAACAGGUAUGAAGCCCCUCCCUAACAAGGAAACAAAAAAAGACAGUAAAAUGUAAUUUGCAGAAAUUGCAACAGAUUUUUCACUUGCGAAACAUAGGCUGGGCUUAGACAGGCCUUUUUGGAGAAUAAAUUCCAUAGGGAAGGGCAUUCUGGCAAGCACUCUUCUGCAGUCCUCCAUAAACAUAAGUGAUAGGAUGGGCUUAAUAAGAGGGUAGGAACCAUAACUCAAUGCCCAAACACAUGCCUUGCGUGCAGAAGGUCCCUGCUUUGAUUCCUAGCUGGACUAGAUGGGUCAUUGCAUUGAUCCAGCAGGCUCAUCUUGUGAUCUGUGAGCUAUAGGUUUCGUGUGGGUAUAUGUAUAUCUUACUAUUCACUAUGAUUUAUUUGUUAUUGAGAAUAUUGAUGGUAGUAAUAGCAUGUUUCAGAAGAAUAAAAUAAAUAUUGUUCUAGAAAGGAAGUAAGGUAUAGUAUUUCCUUGACUGUAAUGAUUCAUUCCAAAGAAAACCACUGUAAUCCCACCUCAUUGAGAAUAAUGAUUUUCUUUUAACAAAAUCCAACAAACUAGCUCCUUAUUCAUACUAUAUAAUUUCUGUAGAAAGGAUAUCCUUAGGGAAAGUAGGUUCCCCCCCCCCCCACCUUGAGACCUGUGUAAAGUUGCAAUUUCACCACAACCACUCCAGUAUGUGUCACUAUACCACAGCAGCUGUCAAGGCAGAUCUUCACCACUAUUCCUGCACCCUCUGCCUUCAUCUUCCCCCUGGAAUUGACUGGGGAGAGUCAGGAAAACGUCUAGUGGAAAAGGGGGGGGGGGGUAAUUCCAUCUGGAAAGCCAAAAUGCUUCUGCUGACAGAACUAUUGCCCUUCGUAGGAGGGAUUCAUGAGCAUGCUCUAACUUUAGGUUUUCGCAAUUAAAGUGGAACAAAGGGCUCCGUUACACCCAGCACAACAGAUCCACUUUAUAAUAAGACUUUUUGUGGUUUGAAAGUGGGGAAAAUGUAUUGAAAAAUGUGGGCAUCCCACAUUCCUACAAGCAAAUCUGGAUGAAUGCAGGACUAGUGCUCAUGGUUGCAUAAACAAAACGGAUAAUCUGACCUCCACAUUAGCUUUGUGUAAGCAAAUCAGGAUGAAUGUUCAGGGUGGAAUUCAACAUGGCACUAAGUGGGGGGUGCAGGACACCCCCACCCCCAAAAACCCUGUUCUGGAGGUUUCACCAAUCUUCCAGAGCAGAUUUAGGAGGCAUGGAGGGGGAGACCUUGUUCUGUGCACACAACAACUUAGCUGAAUAGGUAGGUCUUCUGGAGCAGCUGGUCUCUGCUUCCAUCUUGCUGAGAAGCUGCUGACUAUUACAAUCGAUCUUUUUCUCUGCCUCUAUGUUUUCUCUGCUGACUCUCCCCAGUGCAAAACUGUCAGCUGCCUUCCGCUGUUUGGAUUCUGCCAACACUCCUCUACUGGUGCCAGCAAAAGAGCAGCUCCAGCUUAGGCAGCAACUUCUGUAGCAUUAACAAGAGGGCGAGAACAGAGUUGUUGCACAGCCAUUUGGUAGGCAAGUCGUCAGUCAAGUCUUUCUGAGUGCCAGUGUUAUUUCUUUACUUCUGAAUCAUCUAAGGCCCAAAUGGCAGGCAUGAUUACUAUGAAUUUUGAAUGGCUGUAAAUUCUAUGAAGACUCAAUCUUAAUUAAUGACAAUGCAAGUUUGGGUUAUAAUGUAUGUACUGUAUUUUCUUAGCUUCUUUGGAUUCACGUUUCCAUUUUAUUUGGUUUAUCUAUAUCAUUUUGGUGCGGGAACCCACAAUAAAAUACCACUGUAAAAUUGUGUUUGAUGCUUAGGCAGUGAACACACUGUACCUUUAAACCACAUUUGAAGCACAUCCCUACCCCCAGUCAAAGAAUUCUGGGCACUAUACUUAACUCUUCAGAGAGUUACAAUUCCCAACAUCCUUAGCAAACUGCCAUGCCCUGAAUUCAUUGAGGAGGGAAAUGUGCUUAGAUUAGAAUGUGCUUAAAGAUAUAGUGUGAGUGCAGCCCCAGACUCUAAAAACAGAACAAGAAAGCAAAAUGGACACUAUCUAUCGAUCUAUCGAUCUAUCUAUAUCUAUCUAUCUAUCUAUUUAAAAAGCAAAGACCUCUACCUGUUUUGGUAUGUUUUGCAGCUUGUGAAUGGAGUGCCUUGCCUUUGGUACAGAUGUCGGAAUGGUUUCAGCGGUAACCUUUCGUCCAGCCAAUUUGUGGGUGACGGAAAGUGGCACUCUGUCUUCCUGGAAGUGAAAGGCAAUUCCAUCCGUUUGCUUGUUGACAGCUUGGGAAAUGCCUCUCUGCAGCUCCCCGAGGCCUGCAACCCUUCCCAUUCCAGAAGAGAUCUGCUCGUUGGAGGGUUUGUGCAGCACCAUCAGGCUCAGAGGGUCACUGAUGGGUUCAGAGGGUGCCUGAAUGCCAUUAUGCUCGAUGGAAGAGACCUGGUAGUCAUACCAAAGGAAAAGAGGUCCAGGGGUGUUGUUGAAGAGGCAGGCGUUCGGCAAUGCUGCCCACACACCGGUGCCUGUAGGAGCAACCCGUGCCUCAAUGACGGACUCUGCAUUGAGAUACAAGGUGGAGGUAAGAGCUGUGUUAAUAACAGUAAUGGGCAAUGUACAAGUUUUUUUGGGGGGGAUAGAGCAGCGUCCCCAACAUGACAGCCUCCAGAUGUUUUGGUCUUCAGCUCCCAGCAUCCCUGACCAUUGGCCAUGCUGGCUGAGGCUGAUAGGAGUUGUACUCUGAAACAUCCAUAGGGCACAAAGCUAGGGAAGGCUGGCCUAGAGAAAUAACAGCAGGGAUUAGUCACAUUUAAGGAAAAUGGCUUCUGUGGAAAUGUGAACGAUAGUGGAGACAUUGGUCUGUUUAGGAUGUCAUGUUGCCUCUUCAUAAAGCAUGACUUAAGAAGCCAGAAAUGAGCAUAAAACUUGCACACAGGGCUUUUUUUCAGGGGAAACUCACAGAAACUCAGGCCCGGCACCUCUCAGGUGGGUUCCAGUACCUUUCAGGUGGGCACCAUUGCCAUUCUAAGAGAAUGAGGGAGGUGUUCGUGGUGAAUUCUAGCACCUCUUUUUUUAGAAAAAUAACACUGCCUGCCCACACUUCCUUUACAUCUGCUUAAUAUCCUGAUUGGUUAACCAACAUUAAACCAGGCUUCUCUGUUUGGAAUGUACUAAGGAACUCUGGUUUAAACAAGCCAGGAUCUUCAUGUCAAAGCCAGCACACAAGGGGAAGAAGAAGGCAGGGGCAAGAGACUUGACCCGGGCUUCCUAAGCCAUGGUUUAUGGAAAUGGCAGUGUUACAGGUGAACUGGGCUUGUGUGACGCUGGCCACUGUUGCCAGGUAUUCCCACUAGCUGGAACUUCUUGAGUUGAUAAGGGCAAUUGGGAAAUUCCAAAUGAUUUGAUCAUUGAAGGACCAAACUGCUUCAUUGCCUUCAUUCAAAUAUGCCUUGGGGGAAAGGCAGCAGAAAUAAAGUUCUUCCUCCAAUUUUCUGUUCCCGUCCCUUCUUUCAAUAUCUUAAGCACUUGGGAGUCUGGUCUUUAGAUCCAUUUGUACUGUCAGACAGGAGUAGAGGUUUACUUGGUUUGUCUGUACCUUCCUACCUACCUACCCAAUAUUUGUAUCCUGCCCAUCCCCCAAGGAGCUCAAGGCAUUUUCUCCACAUAGCAACCCUAAGCUGAGGUUGGGUGGACUAGCCUCAAGUCACCCAAUGAGCUUAUUGCAGGUCUGCCAGACAAAUGGCAGCUGCUGAAUUCCUACACAUCAGCCUCUUCCCCUUUACAUUUAAAUCAACAGUGCAAGGGACAAGAAUGUGAAAAGUGUGGGAUUUUCUCUUUGCCAGCAUUUGCUGCAAAGGGGGAAGGGUGUGGAAUGGAUGAAGGUUUUAGCCUGUGGCCAGCGAAGAAGAUUUGGAUAACAAGAAUGUUUAGGCUGGCAGGAUGGGAGGAGCAGGGGAACCUGUUUUGGCCUGUGAGUAUUUUGGAAGGCAAGUGAGUGGCACUGGGAAAGGGGCUUAAAUAAUUGGGUUGGGAACUCCAAAGAGAGGCAUAUUCAUUAUGAAGGCAUGCAUGUACUCAGGCCCAAAGUUGGUGAGUAAUAAUUUCCAAUUAGAAUGCAGUGGUGGUUAUAAUGGAGGCGUAUUGGGAGGCUACACAUGGAAAGAUAGCACAUUAGAAGAGGAAAAGAUGAGGGCUUUUUAGGGGUUUGGCACCAUAAUUAAAGCAGUCCUUCUCCCCCAGCAAAAUCACACAUAGCAAAAUGUGUGUUGUUCUGGUGCCUACUGAGCAGGGGCGCUUAGGCCUUCAGCUGUCUCUAGUCUGGUGGCCACAUGUGAACACUGAUCCUUGGGCAAAUGGCUUUAAUGGUGACCCCAGAAGUUAUCCGUACUAUACAUUUCAAGCAGCCUCAUACCACUUUAAGCAGUCAUGGCUUCCACCAAAGAAUACCGGGAACUGAGGUUUGUUAAGGGUGCUGAGAGUUGUUAGGAAACCACUAUUCCCCUCACAGAGCUCAGAGUAGUUUACCAUUCAACCCCUCUUCCCAGGAAAUUCUAGGAAUUGUAACUGUGGGGAAAAUAGGGGUCUCCUAACAACUUGGGUGGCGCUGUGGGUUAAACCACAGAGCUUAGGACUUACCAAUCAGAAGGUCGGCGGUUCGAAUCCCCGCGAUGGGGUGAGCUCCCGUUGCUCGGUCCCUGCUCCUGCUCACCUAGCAGUUUGAAAGCACGUCAAAGUGCAAGUAGAUAAAUAGGUACCGCUCUGGCGGGAAGGUAAACGGCGUUUCCGUGUGCUGCUCUGGUUCACCAGAAGCGGCUUAGUCAUGCUGGCCACAUGACCCGGAAGCUGUACGCCGGCUCCCUCGACCAAUAAAGCGAGAUGAGCGCCACAACCCCAGAGUCGGUCACGACUGGACCUAAUGGUCAGGGGCCCCUUUACAACUCUCAGCACCCUUAUCAACCAUACUCCCCAGGGUUCUUUGGGGAAAGCCAUGACUCUUUAAAGCAAUAUAAACGUACGCUCCAAGUGGGGCUUUACAUUCAUACACGUAGUCCUUGAUCGACUGGUUUUAUUUCCAUUUGGUAACCCAUAAGCUUCACUUGGGGGGAAAAGACAAAUCAUAAACUCCAGCUCUAGUGCACAAGCAUGAUGUGCAAUGAGCUUUAAGCAGAAUAAUUUUUACACUCUCUGUCACUGAUGUCCACAUCAGUGGAAAGCAUUCCGUCCUAAUGCUCAUGGGACGAAGCCACACAUUUGAUAAGCAAGGAGGGCGCCCAGCAAAGGUGCUCAUUGGCUUGUAGAGAUUUUUUCUUUCCCUAUCCUGGGAUGGUGGUGGGACUGAUGGGCGCUUGGAGGUGACUUGGAUAGCAGUGUGUGGUAAUGGGAGACAUGCACUGAGAAACACUUUGAACCACCUUCUGUAGGCAUGUGCACCUUUUGUUAUUUCUGCCUGAAGCCUGCUGUCGAGUUGCAUGCCCUGACAGGUGAGCAGUUAGCAAAAGGCGGAGAGCACACGUCCUCCUUUCCUUCAGCUCAGAGCAAAAAGUUUACAAUUCUUGUCUUGUCAGAUCAGCAGCUCAGGCGCACUUGUCAGACAACAAUUUUCAGAGAGACAAGGGCGUAUAAGUUCAUGUCCUCACAGAUUUACAUGCACUUCUACAGCACGCGGUGACAGCAUGCUUGGGGACAUGCAUGACGGUCUCCGUGUGAUGGUGGGAAGAUGCCCAUACGAAGUGUGUGCCUGCAUAAAUGCAGUAGCCACAGUUGGGGUGUUCUGGAAUGCCAACAAUAAGCUAGAGCAGCCCCAGAAUUGGUAUCUGAGCAUCGUCUGAUCAUUUUGUAAGUGCAUUUCCCUUGGGCACCUGUGCUGGGAGAAAACAGGAAGGUGCAAAAUAUAGUAAGCCAAAUGGCAAUGGAGAGUAAUGUCUUUUGUGGCCGUGAUUCCACAUGCGCUGUCCAAUAGGUCCCCAUGACGCCGGUGCAGUUGAGGUAGUGCAGCUGCAGUGCUAAUUACUGUAGUAGUUUGAGCAGUGAAUGGUUCCGAUUUCCCCAGCAACUCAACAUUUGUUUCAGUGCAUUGUAAAUGUUAUUUCCCUGGAAUGGAUGGCUGUAACAACGGUGCAUUCCACACAGGGCUGGCCGUACCAUAAGACAAAGUGAGGCAAUUGCCUCAGGCAGUAGAUUGGAGGACAAGAGCCCUAAUAUUCCUCCUGAGCCAGUGUGGAGAGCCAGUGUGGUGUAGUGGUUAAGAGCUGUAGUCUUGUAAUCUGGGGAACCAGGUUCGCGUCUCCGCUCCUCUACAUGCAGCUGCUGGGUGACCUUGGGCCAGUCACACUUCUUUGAAGUCUCUCAGCCCCACUCACCUCACAGAGUGUUUGUUGUGGGGGAGGAAGGAAAAGGAGAAUCUUAGCCGCUUUGAGACUCCUGAAGGGGAGUGAAAGGCGGGAUAUCAAAUCCAAACUCUUCUUCUUCUUCUGAGCCCCUGGCCAUUCUCCCCUUUUGCAGAUCUGAGCAAUACGUGCCACAGAGCUGUCCUGCUCCCUCAUAACUACUCUACCACCCUCAGGUGCACUGGGAAACACUAUCACCAAAUUGCUGGGUGGCAGGGUGUAGGAUUCCACUGUCAUCCAGAUUCUUUAUAUUGAAUUGGGUGGGAGGGCCUCUCUUGUCCUUUGCCUCCAGGCUGGUUCCCUGAUCCACACAUGAAAAAUGUCAUUCUGGUUUCACUUGUUUUUCAAACCUUUUCCAUUGUUUUCCCCUCCUGUCACUAGGUUAUUCUUGCAUCUGCCCCAUCCAGUUUUCUGGAGACCACUGCGAAGUUGCUGAUAACCUUUGUGAAGGCAAGCCCUGUUUGCAUGGGGGGACUUGUGCCCUCUCCGAGAAAGGCGGCUAUACCUGCCAUUGCCCAGAGUGGUACUGGGGAGAAAGGUAGGUGUGGCCCUUAAGCAUUACCCCCUCCAUGCUUGAAUGACACAAGAAACAGAGAAUCAUAGCACUACCAACAGUUUUCAUGCCACGUCUGAAAUGCAACAUCUGUCAGAGGAGUCAGUUUACACGUUUCAGAUGCUAGAUGGGUUCACACAUGCUCGUUCAGAAUGAAUGCCCUAAUUCCAUUUUUUAAAAAACACUGCAAAAUGAUAACUGCCUGUAGAGUUUCGCUAUCAACCAGUGGCAGUCUCUUACUUAAAUAUGAAGUCAGGUGAGAUCUCGUGGUUAGGUCCAGAACAAAAAGUUGUUGGCGGGUCUUUGAAUUCACUCAGAUGAUUAGAGAAAAGGGAAAGGCCAGUUAAUAUUUAUAAUAAUCUUGGUUUGAGGACAACCAUGAAAAAGGAGAAUAACUCUCCUCAUCUUGCCUGUGUGAGGAAAAUGCACAAAUCGUCACUAGAUGGUGCCGCUGUACAAGCACAUCAGGUUAUUCUGUAGGUCUUUGGCUACAUAACUGAUGAGUAAUGUAUUUUCAUUAUUAUUACCUGCCAUCAAUGUCACUAUUAUUAAUUAAUUAAACGGGAAAUUAUUUACACACAUAGCAGAUACAGUUGUUUGGGUGAGGAGCAGGAUGUUUGGGGUUAUGGGAACCCAAUUAUGGAUCUCCCUAGGCUAUACACACCAGAUCCUAGGGGCUGAGACACUUUUGCCUACCCCCCGGUUUUUUGAAGCAGCUGGGGCUCCUCAAUGUUCAAAGGGCAUUCAACUCUACCCCCUGGUUCCUCAUGACAUCGCACGUGUGACAUCAGGACGUCGUGUCGAGCUCCCUCAAUCAUCUUGAGAAGUUGGUGCCUCUGCUCAAGGCACAGCACCAACAAUUGCCCAAGUCAGGCUCUGGCUAAAGCCUCAGGGCUAGGAAGAGCAUCUCACCAGCCUGACCAACACUCACCACCAGGCCCAGAUGGCAUUGUGUAGGCACUUCACUUGGCAGUAAAGCUUGACUCCCAUCCAGCUAGCUGCUCCCCUUCCUCCUCCAUCCACCUGCUUUUUGGGAACUCUGAGAAAGGUCCAAGGGUAUCCUCAGAGCCAGGUCUUGUAGGUGAGGUGGCCAGAAAAAUGCCUCUUCCGCUGCUGUCUUUCGCUACUCUGGCUUUUCUAAACUCAGUGGGUUUUUUAAGCUUUAAAAGUUGUAAAAGUACUUUCCAGCACAGCGAAGCACAUUAGCGCCAGAGGCCUUCUCAGUGACUUUACCUAAAAUCUCUUUGUCUGAAGAAGGAUGCCUUUGGCUCCUUCUCAGAACCCAGAGGGCAGAGAAGUGGUUGUAAAAAAAAAGUAGGAGAGGGGGCUGUGGGGAACAGGGGGAAGGAAAGGGUGGACAAACUGCUGCAGCAAAAAGGGGACUGGAGGCAGGGAGGUCGAGGGGGGGAAGACAUUGGCUGGGUUGUGCCAAUGACCCGCCUGAAGUUUGGCACCGGCCCUGGGCCUCUCUGUCAAAAGGAUACUUUUAGAGCUGUUGUUAGGAUGACAUAGGCCAACAAAAAUCUGGCAUUCAUAAGGCUUAUGGCCUCUCAUCCUGUUCACCAGCAUUCCCAUGCCAUUACCAUGAGACUGUCUGGCCUUCUAUGAACAUUUGUUCUAUGUUUAUCUUUGAUACCAUGUUAUACGCAGAUUAUACACCAAAGUGUUUUCAAAGUGUGGUCAUCCUAUAGAAUGAUUAUCACUGAAAAGAAAUGACUUCAAAUUUUGAACAAUUAUGAACUUUUAUAGUAUUAAAAUGGAAAUGGUUUUGUUAGCACACCAGCAAUAUUUACAGUAAAAAAUAAAAUAAAAAAGGAAUUAAGGUGAACAGAACAUUGUUUUUUACAAAAAUAGCUUUGUUUUUUUUAACGCUGGUUUUUUUUGCAUAUUGCAUAUUUUUAUAUUUUGCAUAUUGCAUAUUUUUUUGCAUCAGUUCUUCUGAAUUAGAUCCCGAUGGCUGGAUUUAGCUACACUUAAUUGUAAUUCUUUCACUGAAGGCAAUAUGAGUUAAGAUACCUAAUUGUUUAUUCAAUGGUACUAUGGACACAACCAUUUUUAGCUAGACUGGAAUGCAGUUUUUUUGUUCCUCUGGCACUGUAACUCCCCGAUGAUCUCACAGGUAGAGUCUCUGAUAAGUGUGAUGUCACAUUGUCUAAUGAUGCCUUCCACCAUCUCUUCCGCAGAUGUGAAAAAGUUGCGGAGAAAUGCCUGGAAAACCCAUGUCUGAACUCUGCGCGCUGUGUGAAUUCCGAUGGUUCCAUUCACUGCAUCUGCACUGGCGACUUCCAGGGAGCAUUCUGCACGCAGAAAAUUGUGACUCCAACAAUUAGUCCAUCCAGCUGGAUCUUGGGGUCUGGAGAAAUUGCCGUGAUUUCUGCUGGGCUGUUAGGUGUCCUCAUCCUGGUGACAGCAUUUAUACUUAUCCGCAAAUUCUACUGCCACAAAGUCAAGGCUCACAAGCCUGUGGCCAAAGAAGACCCAGACCUGCUCUCCAAAAGCGAAUUAUCCAAAAGUGUCGGGGUUGGCACUCAAGGUCUUACCCCCAUUGAACUAAACAUCCUCAGCGACGGUCACCACCACCAUCUCGAUGCACUAGACCCAGGCAAGCCUGCUGUCACAUCGGAGUUUGCGACCUUCAACACAAACCAUGUUCAGAAACAGCGGGGCGCCAUUGUGUGCAGUGUGGCCCCCAAUCUCCCAAUUGCCACGCCCUCACCUGAAAAUGAGCCCGUCAUCAAGAGCACCUGGGCUGGAGAAAAGAUGGGUUUGUUUGACCUUCUUUCUCUCUCCCCUUUCCCUUUGCUGCAUGGGGGUGCUUCCAAAUGAUGUUCCUUCACAGCAGUUAGUGCUCACAGUUGUUAUUGUGUGAGAUGUCUUUGCCUCACAGUAGCCAUUCUGUCACAGGGAUCUCCAUUUCUUGCCAUUCAAAACACAAUAUUUUGUCCCUGGGGGAACAUAUUUUCUCCUUUGCCCUCCCCAAUAUAGAUCAUUGGUUGUGCUAGGGUUGAUCUGAGUAUCGUGUAACUUUGGCUGUGCCCAUUACGUCAGUGGUCAGAAGCUUCUCCUGCCAUUUUGUGGUCUUUCAAAAAAAAUUGAUUUUAAUUUUUGAGAAGCUUUCCUCUCUGAACCCCUCAAGCACGGGAACUUAACAUUGCCCUUAAAAGAAACAGAAGUGAGCUAGCUAGCCAGGCUACCAUCACAUCCUCCAUCAAUGCAACACUUGAGGGUUAAAAUAUAAUAAUCUUUGAUUGGUAGGUUUUCCUUAUCUCUCACACCAGUGCACAGAUUUCCCUAUGAGUAAAAGGAUUUGGUGACCACUUGUAUGACUAUCACACCAAAGCAAGAUUACCACCACCACCACCCACACACAACCAUCAGAUGGGGAAAUGGUGCUGAUCUGUGCUUUUGUGUUAUCUGAAAAGAAUGAGUGUGCAGUCAGCAAAACAACAAGAAGCCACUAGCUCAGGUAGGAGACAAAAGUAAUGUAGGCAAAAUAUUUGCUCCUUCCAGCCCCAUGGUUUUGCCCUUGAUCCCUGGAAUCUUCAUGCAGCCUUGUCAGUGGUAUGCCCUGCUGUUGAGAAGUAUGGAUCCUGAUGUUCUGUCAGAAAGGGCAUUUUCACACACCAAAAACUAGACUGGGUUGCCUACAAUCUGUUUCAACGCAGCAGUGCUUUUGUCUGGGCCUGUGAAGUAUGAUUAUACUUGCCUGUCUAUAAAAAGAGAGCAGCUUGGCAAUCAGGUUUUUUUUUGGUUGGGGGGGAUACUAUGGCAUUUAUCAGCCUGAAGUUCCUUCCCCUGCAAGCGUGCAAAUAAGAUGAAAUCAUAUUUAAGCAGCUGUGUUUAAUAAGGGAAUUGCUAAUUCAGGGGCAAUAAUAUAUCCAAGUUUAUUACUGUGCAGAAGGAGUUAAUUACAUAGACAGAGUAGUGGGCAAGCUGAGCUCUGAUGCAGUUCAUGAUGGAAAUAUUUCAUGAUUUUUCAGCCAAGUUUCAGUGUCAGAGGCUAUCAUAUCCAUCAAACUGACUUGCUUUCACUUCUCACAUAGCAGUCAAACAGGCCAGCUAUGAGUCUCAAAUGCCAGUAACAACAUAUUUCAGUAACAAAGUAAUGUGAUGGAUGUGCCAUAUUAAAGGGAAGGUGAAUGAGAUAACCAAUCAGAAUGGGAGAAAAUAUCAUGGUCCACCACUAUUGCAUUUUGGAUAAGGGAGGAUGGGAUGACCACAGGCUUAGAAAUGAAGAAUGGUCACGUUCAGAACAGAAAUUUUGCAUGUUUGAUCCCAGAAUUUUUUAAUAUGUGUGAGGUAAUUAAUGUUCUGACCACUAGAGGCUAGGUAAAAAAGAGGUGGGAAAUCUUCCCACCUGUUUUCCAUGGUGAAAUAAUGGAACUGCCCGAUACACUCAACAUGGGGCUACUACUAGAAACAGCAUCUCUAUGGUAAGUUUGGCCCCAUAACAAGAGGCCUUGCUGAUCCCAAGGCAGCCCAAUGGAUUGCCCGCUAGAUGUUGUUGGACUCAAACUCCCAUCAGCCCCAGCCCCAACAUGAUGCUUACAUAAAUUACAAGAAUUAGCCAAGGGGAGUGGGUGGCAUUGUUAGCAAGAGCCCACUGUCCGAUGUUAGAAUACAUCUUUAUAACCUGCUUGCACCACUCUUCCAUCCACCACUAAAUGUGAUUCAAACAGCAAAAAUAUUUGCCAAGAGGUGCCUCAAACUUCAAACUGCAUACAGUGGUGCCUCGCAAGACGAAAUUAAUUCGUUCCGCGAGUUUUGUCGUCUUGUGAUUUUUUUCGUCUUGCGAAGCACGGUGUCGGGAAAGUUUUGGAAAAGCUUCAAAAAUCACCAAAGUCUUUAAAAACCUCAAAAAAGGCUACCACACCACGUUCUAUGAGUUGCUCCUCGAAGUCAAGUUGCAACUGUAUUAACGGUGUUAAGAAAAAGGAAACAAACUUGCAAGACGUGUCCGUCUUGCGAAGCAAGCCCAUAGGGAAAAUCGUCUUGCGAAGCAGCUCAAAAAACGAAAAACCCUUUUGUCUAGCGAGUGUUUCGUCUUGCGGGGCACCACUGUACUGUUACUGAAUUGUUCAGUAUUCAGUGCUAUAACAACAUGACGGGUACAAAGGAAUAGCAUUUGGUUGUAGCCUACGUUAAGUCCUCGAAGCACACUCAUUUAAAUUAAUGGUCAUAACUAAUUUAAGAUCAUUCAUUUCAGUUGGUCUACUCUUCAGCUGGUCACAGGUGGCACUGUGGUCUAAACCACAGAGUCUAGGGCUUGCCGAUCAGAAGGUCGGUGGUUCGAAUCCCCGCGAUAGGGUGAGCUCCCGUUGCUCGGUCCCUGCUCCUGCUAACCUAGCAGUUUGAAAGCACGUCAAAGUGCACGUAGAUAAAUAGGUACCGUUCUGGCGUGAAGGUAAACGGCGUUUCCGUGUGCUGCUCUAGUUCGCCAGAAGCGGCUUAGUCAUGCUGGCCACAUGACCCGGAAGCUCGCCAGCACCCUUGGCCUAUAGAGUGAAAUGAACGCGCAACCCCAGAGUCGUCUGCGACUGGACCUAACAGUCAGGGGUACCUUUACCUUACUCUUAGAACUAACAUUGGCUACAUCCCCUUGAUGUCUAGUGAGAUGUUUAACAUGUGGGUUAUCCAUGCUUGAGGGGGCUGAGUAGAAUAAUGCUGCUGCUGCUGUUGCUAAAGAUUUCUUACCCACUAUUCGCCAUAUUCAAAUCGGUUAAAACAACUUACAAUCAAAAGAAUGGGGUGGGUCUAAAAACAUAUAUCUGAAGUGUCAAAGGUAUAGAGGUGCAUAGGACAAAAACUGCACAGUGAAGACUUCAGAUGCAACUGGGAGCUAAUUCCACAGUUUAGUGUCUGAAAAUGCCCUCUCCCAGUGUGUUGCCCACAAACCUCUGAGGAUGGCCAAACUAAGAAAAGGACCCCUACUGCUAAUAUUAACACCCAAGAGGGCCUGCAGGGAAAGAGAUGGUCUUUCAUAUAUUUGGAGCCUGAGUCAUUUAGCGCUUUGAAGAUUUAAUUUGAGCACCUUGACAAUGCCACACAUACAAAUGGCUAUAUAAACCAACAGGAGAAGGAGGGGAGAGGUUUACUGUGUGAGGAUCCAAAUUCUUCCUCAUCCUUCAAGGAUUGUGUUCCCCAAUCGCUUCUGGGCCUUUUGGCUAAGAUCAAGUGUGAAAGAUUGUGUUCCCUUGGAAAUAGCUCAUUCUAACUCCUUAUGAUGAACUGAUUCCAGACAGAAAGUGCAGAGAUGGCUAGAAAAGCCUACACAUUCCUUGGGAGGUAUUAACAUGCUUCUGAUUUUCUUCUAGUGUACCCAGGAGAAACAACCUACUGGCCUCCAAGAUACCAGCCGGCCGAUCUCCAAGAGUACCAUCAGUAUGAAGUGAUUCAAGGCCCUCUUCCACCUUCUCCAUGCCGUAGGCCGCCUCCUCCUUCCGUAGACUCUGAGGCAACAGGCCUUUAUGGUGGCUUUCCUUUCCCGCUUGACCAAAGCAACAAGCGGGCCCCAAUACCACCCCGCUACAGCAACCAGAAUCUGGAAGACUUCUUACCUCCUGUUCCUGGAGAGCUACCUGCUUCCCAGUGCCAGAAUGAAUAUACUGCCAUUAGCUACUACCCUUCUCAGCGCGUAGAGAGCGAGGGGCCACCUUACCACCCAGACAGUGGGUACAAGAGAGUAAGCAUGCGACUCAGUGUGGCCCAGCCGUCCUACGCAGACUGUGAGGUGAGGCCUACGUCCACUAUCAGAACUCAGCCAGUACCGCCUCCCAGUUACGAGGGCUCUGACAUGGUGGAGAGUGACUAUGGGAGCUGCGAGGAGGUGAUGUUUUAG